GUUUCCCUGGCUGCUGCGGGGAAGCGUUUGAGGCGAGCACCGGGCCAGGGCAGGUUGUAAACAGAGAGAGCCGAGGCGGCGGCGGCGGCUGAGGCUGAGGGCGGUUGCCGGUGUGUGUGGCCGGUGGCGGAGGGAGCGAGGAGGACGGGAAGAGAAGGCAAGGGAAACCGGGGGGGGGGGGAUAAAUGCGGGACCCCCGGGCGGCGCGUGGGCGGCUGCUGCGGAGUCCGGGUCGAGGCUGCCUUGUGGCUUGAGCCCCUUUGCCUUUGCGGGCUGAGUCCCUGGAGGCUCCGCAGCUGGGGGUGGAAAGGCCGGCUCUGCCGCUGACCAUCCCGAAGGUCCAGCCUGGGCGUUUGUGGCGCCUUCCUUAUUGGGCCAGGUGCCCUCUUUGCUCUGCAGGCUCUGCAGCCUGGCACUUUUAGGAGGCGGGCAUCCUUAUAAAACCAAGCAGCUUGGGGGUUUGUUGUUGUUGUUGUUGUUGUUGUUGUUGUGCAUUUCUUGUGCCUGGAUCUGUAUUCAUCCUCUGUGUCCCCCCCCCCCCGUCCUCCCCUCUCCCCCCCCCCAGCUCCUUAAAUUAUGCAAUAUUAGGUCAUCCCAUGGAUGCAGUUAUAGCUUUCACCAAAGAAGCCACGCAGUAACUGCAGGACAAGCACAAAGCUGUGCAGUCGGCUUAAGCGUUUUAUGUAAACUGUGUUUUGUCGUUGUUGCUGCAUCUAAAAUAUAUUCGUUCUCUUCUCUACGUAGUGUUUCACCUGCCCUUCUUCCAAGGUAAUGUGUAAGAGCCUCCUAUCCCCCUCUCCCCAUCCCCAUCCCACUUGUAUCAUUGCAACAACCCUAUGGAAUAAAUUGAAUUCCUUUAAACUGAAUGAUGGCAGGUGCCUUGAAAUCACUCAGUGAACUUUGUGGUGCAGUGCAGAUUUGAGGCCAGGUCUCCCUGUUUCAGGCAAGACUCUACCAGAAUAGCUCUCUAGCACAUUACAUGUGCACCACAUAUGUGGUGCCCUCUGAAGGCAUGCAAAUUGUUGAAUCAGAGUUAAAAGCAUAUUAAUGUUCUCUUUGAUUAUUAUUUUUAAGCAUUAUGGAAAAUAGUUUACUAUUUGUGUUCUGAGUGUACCAUGUUACCCAGGCUUCCUUGAGAACGCACAUAUUUUUACUCCAGAAUGCAAAGUGUGAAAAAGGAGGUUAUAGUUGCCAUUUUGGGGCAAGACGGUUUGAAAGUCUUAUUUUUUCAAAUAAUGGACUGGCUGUGAUUAUCUGUUAAACAUUUGGCUAGUUCAGAUGGCAACCUUGAGCUAGGUUAAGAACUUUGAGAACUGAAAGAAGAAAAGUCACUUUAUCCAGGGACAGUCUACAUAUAUAUUGGCCUGUUCCUACAGGAUGUUGUAUUAGUGUGUGAAAAUAGUCAAGAUCCAAUGAUCCCCAGAUAUGCCCUCCAAAUGAUGUCAGGCAUCUUCACUUGGUAGCAAGUGGCCAAUAGGCAGGUGCAAAAUGUGUCUGGUGCCUGGCUAAUUUUGAAUGUGUGUUUGUAUAUGUGUGUGUGUGUACAGACACACAGAGAUGUACACACACAUAUAUGCAUAUACAUAAACACACACCCAUACAUAUAUCUAACUGAUGUUAAUAAGACUUGUUACUCACAAGCAAAUGUGAUUAAGAUUAGCAUUUGUUCUGUUUUAAAUCCAGUAUAGGCUGCAGUCUUAACUGCAGGUGACUUCCAUUGAACUUGCUGGUUCUUAAGAGGAUAUGUAUAGGAUUGCAUUGUUAGUUACUUAAAUCCCAGUAGUUUUCACUGCCACAGAUUCUUUCACAAUAACCAUAAACUAUAUAAUACACCAUUCUCAGAAUGACUGAAUAUCAAGUAUAUAAACUGUAGCAAAACUCCAUCCUUGUGGACUGAUACUGACUAGAGAGGAAGUGAACCAGUUUGAUCAACUUGCCAAUAAAAAGCCAACUUUCCUACUAUGGAGAUGUUAGGAGAUAUUUUAUAGGAAACAGUACAUUCACCUGUCAUUUAAUAGUGCUCUUUAAGGUAACCAGGCAUAGAACUCCCUCCAAGAUUGGGUUGGAGCAGAGGAAAAUAAGGCAGGUAGGCGUGCUUAUAAAAAUGUUGUGGGCUAGUAACUGUUGUAAACUUUUUUACAAGGCUGUACUAUAGUAUGUCAGUACUUUGUUCAGAGUAUCCCCCUUCCAGUCUAGGAUGCAGGCCAUGGAACAAUCCAGAUGAAUGUGAAGGAUUCAACAGUUGCAAAUUGGAUUAAGUAGAGAGACGAGGAGGAGUCUAUUUAUCUUCUCUUUUCCUGGGCUGCACAUGGCUAUUCUGCAGAAAGAGAGAAGAAUAAGACCAUUUAAAUGUUACAUAUUCGUCUUUAAAACUGCCCUGAAAAUGGGGGUUGGAAUAAUCCUCCUGGGUUUUGAUGCUGGCAAAUAUUUGAAAUAUUUUCCUAUUUUGGUUAUGAUAUUCUCAAUAGCAUAAUUUCCUUUUAGUUAGGGUCUAAGUUCUGUUGAAUACACAGAGACUUCCUUUUGCUUAAAUUAUGGACAGGCAUGCCCCUAGCAUCCAAAAGACAGUGCUGCAACAUCUUUUGAAAUUACCUGAUUUAUUCAUUUUUGCUGCCACAAAUUCUCUCAUGUGAAGCAAUAUAACAGACUCCACAUUUUUCUUCCUUCCUGGUUCAGUUACAGGAACUGGAAGUAUAGAAAAAGGGAGUAUGGUUAUAAACAGCCAUCUCAUCAUCAGCCUCCCUGCUUAAUGACCUCAUCUCUAGCAAUGUCUGUAUGACUUGCUUUUGUUUGUGCUGAGCAUAGAUGAUGCUUCAGAGUUUCCUCCAUGGCAAAAAGAAAAUGCAAACAUAUGCAUGGCUUUGUUCUGUUAGUAGGAGAAUUCCAAGGUCAAUGUAUUUUUGUACUAACUGAGAGUGAAACAGGGUCUGUUUAUCCAGAACUGAAACAUGUAGCCUGUUGGAGAAAACACUGAUAACUAAGUACAGUGGUACCUCGGGUUACAUACGCUUCAGGUUACAGACGCCUUCAGGUUACAGACUCCGCUAACCCAGAAAUAGUAACUCGGGUUAAGAACUUUGCUUCAGGAUGAGAACAGAAAUCGUGCUCCAGCAGCGCAGUGGCAGCAGGAGGCCCCAUUAGCUAAAGUGGUGCUUCAGGUUAAGAACAGUUUCAGGUUAAGAAUGGACCUCCAGAACGAAUUAAGUACCGUAUUUUUCGCUCUAUAACACGCACCCGACCAUAACAUGCACGUAGUUUUUAGAGGAGGAAAAUCCGUAGGCAUGCCACCCGUAGGCAUUCCCUCCAUAACACGCACAGACAUUUCCCCUUACUUUCUAGGAGGAAAAAAGUGAGUGUUGUGGUGCAAAAAAUACAGUACUUAACCCAAGGUACCACUGUAUAAACCUUCAGCAUGAUACAAGGGACAGUGGAGAUGAGUUUUUUCUUCAUCCAUCUCAAAUUCUGAGUUCCCUUUUCUUGGGCCAGGAACUGGGCUGUUGAGUGCUCUCCUUGAUUUCUACUACUCACCGGAUGGGUGGGGUUCAUUCUGUUCUGGAAGGAGUUGCACUCCCCCUAAAGAGGCAGGUGCACAAUUUAGCGGGACUUCUGGAUCCGCUUCUGUUAUCGGAGGCACAAAUUGCUUUGGUGCCAUGAACCUUCUGCUGGGAACCCAGCUGUGACCCUCUCUGGAUGAGGAUAAGGUAGUGUCUAUCCUCUGAUAAUGUCUGGGCUAGAUGACCACGUGGGGCUGCUUUUGAAGACAAUUUGGAGACUAUAGCUAGUGCAGAAUUCAGCAGCCAGAUUGUUGAGUGAGCCCUGAAGGUAUGUUCAUAUUACACUGAUUCUGGCACAAUUGCACUGACUGCCGAUAAGUUUCUGGGCUCAAUUCAAAGUGCUGAUUUUGACAUAACAGGCAGUGACCAAUUUAUGCACAUCCGAUUGACGUGUGGCUGUGCAUGCGUGCAUCACAGCAACCUAGAAGUGGCUGAAAAUAGGGCCUAACAGGCUUAUGCGUGCUCCUCUGAUGCACGCAAGGGACAGGAACAAAACCCCGGUACGUUCAAGAUGACAAAGUUUUUAAUAUAGAGUUGAAAUCAUUUUUUAAAUACUUAAAAAUAUUGCGAACAGAUUAAGACAUUAGCAGGAUUAAUUACAAAAAUGUGCAGUGAUAUAAAACAAAUAUUGACUAUAUGUGAUAAAUAAUAAAUAGGUUUAAUUUGGAAAUGCAGUAAAAUAAUUAUAAACAUCAGGAGCUGCUAAAAGAGGUGGAGGAGAGUCAAAAUAUGAUAUGUGUAAUAAAGGGCACAACAAGCUGCCAGUCUGGGCACAUUCUAUGGCUAGAUCCAGCUAGAUGAUGAAAUAUUUCUGAAUGUAUGAUGUUGAUAAUGUUGUGAUAGCAAUGGGUUGUAUUCAGCAGAUCGCCAGGUAGUGCUUUGCAUGAGUGAAAUGCUUCUGCUUGUGCAAUGGGACUUUCUUCCCUCUCUCUCCCCCCCAUGUGCCCCCUAAAUCUGUUUUGGGGUUUCCUCCAACCCUCUGGAGCAACUUUGGGGACAGCAGGGUGGAUGUGUCUGGGGAAGGGACAGGGGGAAGUCCCGUCAUUCAAGCAGAACUAGCUGCACUUGUGUGUUUAUUUAGUUCAAAGUUUCUCAAACUUGGGUCUCCAGCUGUUUUUGGACUACAGUUCCCAUCAUCCCUGACCACGACUGGUCCUGCUAGCUAAGGAUGAUGGGAGUCCAAAAGCAGCUGGAGACCCAAGUUUGGAAAACUCUGAUUUAGUUGAAUGCCUCCUUAUUCUUACCACAACCUUUCAGAUAUACUGUGAUUUCAUUCAACCCUAGUGAAGUUUCUUGCUUUGUGGGGACCCCUGCUACUGAGAGUUAAAUCAGAAGGGUUUGGGGUGUGUGUGUGAGGGAGGUUUCUUAGAAGCCAGCAGCAGCAGUUGUGCUAAAUAGUGUAUUCAAAAAAGACAAGAGUUUCCAGGAAGUUCUCUGACUGCUUCUCAGUGUUGCUGUGUUGAUAGGAAGAUUCGGUACCUUGAGCCUUGGGUAUAAAUGCUUCCUCUGGUUGACGACAUGCAAAAUGCUUGGGAAAGGUCGCUGCAUGACAUGAUUUCCCUGGUGAGUCAGUGUUUUGCUUUGCAUUCAACCUCUGAACUGAGCCACUUCUUCUUUUCCUUGUCACCUGCUCCUGAGAGGUUUCAGACUGGAAGUCAGACUGACAGUAAUACAGAGGGAUAGUCAGCCUGGAUAGUCAGCCCUGCUUAGCAGAAGCUGCUCUAACAGAGCUUUAGAGAAGUGCUCCUGUAUAUGGCAAACAGUUCUGUUUCUUCUUUCAUUUUCUGCAUUUAAAGUCAUGCAUGUGAGAGAGACUGAAAUUGCUUAAAUUGCUGCUAUAUUAUGAAUUAUUGUUGCUAGAUCUUUCGCCAUGGAGAGUGAUGGAUAAUCUUUAGCUGACUAACACUAACACUAACAUUCCCAAUCCGUGACCAGGGAGAAGAGUCGGUGGAAGAAGAUUGGAAGAAAUUUAAAGACUAUUUACAGAAAUAUUGCAAAAUUAAUGAAUGUUAGAAUGAUGUUGGAUUGAAGUUAAGUGGUUUCUAGCUGUACAGGUACAAAAGAAUAUGGAAAAAUUGGUUUUUAAUACGUAAAAAUUUAAUGUUAUAAUAUAUCAAGAUUAAAGAUCAGGAUUAAAAAGGAGGGAAAGGAAUUGUUGGAUUAACAAAUUGAAUUGGAAUACAAAAGAGGGAGGUAUGAGGAGGUCCAGGAAACAAGUAAAUGUAAAAGAAGUGAUGAAAAGAUGGAAUUGUUUUUAACUGUUUUUUCUUUUUUCUACUUUGUAUUUUUUUCUCUUUAUUGUUAAUCUUUUUACUAAUGUGAUUUUUCUUCUUUUGAAACUUUAAUAAAUAUUAUUUAAAACAAACAAACAAACUCAAAAAAAAAACAACACUAACACUAACAUUGAUAGAUUUUCUCAGGCUCCUUUAAUCUUGUAUCAUUUCUCACUGGUUUAAUUCAGAAUGGGUUUGUUGUCUCCAUAGUGCUAAGAUUACUCUGGUUUUCCCUGCAUAUAGAUAUGCUGUAGAUGAAGCCGUGCUGAAUUCAGAUUUCGGCUUUUAGAUGUUUGCAAUUCAGUUCUAUGUAGAAAAUAUACAGGUAGCUGAGUCGACCUAUAAGAAAAAUGCCAAAUAUUAGGGCACUACUUUUAUUAGGCCAGCCAAAAUUGCACAGUAUUUUAUGACAUUUUUAUUGGCCCAAUAAAGGCAUUGCCCUAAUAUGUAUUUAGACAGGUUUGCUAGUUCAGGGGAAUGGAAACUAGAGGGGAAACUGUUAGGCUGAAUAAAGUGAAAUCUCCCAUAACGUCUGAAGCCUCCACUCAGUCCUACAACAGAAACUGCCAACACAUUUUUUCAGCAUGUCUUUCAGGCACUGAGGAAUAGGAAUUUGCUUUUGAAAAGCAGGCCUUUCUCUUCUUUAGGAUUCUCACUGAACCCUGCAGAAUGGAUGGAUAAACAGUUAAAGCACUGAGGGUCAGAUAGACUGCUGCUGCAUACGGUGGUACCUCGGGUUAAGUACUUAAUUCGUUCCGGAGGUUUGUUCUUAAGCUGAAACUGUUCUUAACCUGAAGCACCACUUUAGCUAAUGGGGCCUCCAACUGCUGCCACGUGAUUUCUGUUCUCAUCCUGAAGCAAAGUUCUUUACCCGAGGUACUAUUUCUGAGUUAGCAGAGUCUGUAACCUGAAGCGUAUGUAACCCGAGGUACCACUGUACUCUCUUUCUGCCCUGCAGCUCUUCAAGCUUCAGGCAGUCUCUGGGUCUGAAUCUGGUAGCCCUCUUUCUGAACUGCUGAAACCGAAGUUGGCAACAAGAAUCCAGGGGCUCCUGUGAUCAGCUACCUAAACCAGGUGUGGGGAACCUUAGGGCUGCCAGAUGUUGCUGCACUGUAACCCCCAUCAGCCCCAGCAAGCAUGACCAAUGGCCAGGGAUGAUGGGAGUUGUAGUUCAGCGGCAUAUGGCAGACCUGAGGUUCCCCACACCUGGUUUAAUCUGCCCAUGCCAGUUUGCAGGCUUCUCUUGUGUCCUUAAUAGUGAACUCUACUACUUGACUGAGAAGCAGAACCCAGGAUAGAACCAUGGAGGUAGCAGGCUUGGUGCCAAGGGACAAAAUAAACAGGUUGCAGCCUCCUCCUUAGUUCAGAGGGGGAGGAAACUACCAUUUGCCAAGACAGUGGUAUCACUCAGGUGUGGGGGUAGUUACUUCACACACACACUCUCCAGCGUUAUCCACAAGUGCAUGUCUUUAUUUUCACUGUCAUCAGCAAACAGUUGCCACUUUCCAGUGUUCGAAAUCAGCCAGGUGCCAGGCGCGUUUUGCGACUGGCAUGGAUCAAAUUGUGACCAGGUGGAGAUAUCUGGAUGCAAGGCUGGCGACUGACAUCUCCACCUGGCUGCCCCCUCCAGCUUUCUUAAGAAGGUAAGCAGAAGAGGUUAUUUCUUGCGUCAGUUUGCCACAUUUUUCUCCAAGGAGUACAUGGUUCACACCACUCUUUAGUCAUUCCCUGCAAUGACCCUGUGAGGUAGGUUAGGAGGCUCCAAGUGAGCUUCAUGACUGAGUGGGGAUUUGAACCCUGAUUUCCCAUGUUCUAGUCCAACACUCUAACCACUACACCCCACUGGCUCCCUAGAAUCCUGCUGCUAUGGGGCAGCUCUGUAAAUUAAGUAGGAAAAUAAAUACAGUGGUACCUUGGGUUAAGUACUUAAUUUGUUCUGGAGGUCCGUUCUUAACCUGAAACUGUUCUUAACCUGAAGCAUCACUUUAGCUAAUGGGGCCUCCCGCUGCCACCGCACGAUUUCUGUUCUCAUCCUGAACAAAGUUCUUAACCCGAGGUACUAUUUCUGGGUUAGCGGAGUCUGUAACCUGAAGCGUAUGUAACCUGAAGCAUCUGUAACCCAAGGUACCACUGUAUGGGGAAAGCAAACUAUAUUUUCCUUGAAGCUUGACUUAGUUUUAUCCUGGGUUGUUUCAUUUGAUGUUUAAAUGUGUUGUAAACUGCUUUGAGAUUUUUAUCUUUAAAACAUAAAGUGAUAUAGAAAUGAAAUAAACAACAACAACAAACCCGGCCGGGGGCGGAGGUGGCACCUAGUCAUACCGUUGUAGCGACCGUAAUCUAGAUUUAAGGUGCCAUUUGGUGAUUAGCUUAUAUUAUUUGAGUUUCUAAACACUGCCUCUCUCUCUUAUGGGGAAGAGAACAGUGCUGCGUUUGUGUGCUGUUGUGUGCUGGGUGGGAGGACACACUUUUGUGGUGAGGGCAAAACCAGCAGUGACACUGGGUGGCCUUCCGCUGACAGACCUCUCACAAGGGGAUAGAGUAUAUUUCUGGUCCAGAGCACACAAAGAUGUAUUGCAUUUCCCCAGAGCAGUAUACAGGCUCACACUCCGCCUGUCAUUACGUCGGACAUUUUGUCAGUAAUAAUAACAAAGAUGAUAGGUUUCUUUCUUUUUUUUUCUUGGUCCGCCUUAUCCCUUAUUUGAAAACCGAGUUACCAACACUUCUGGGAAUCUCCUUUGAUUGUAACCGGCCAGUGGAAAUCUCGCUACAUCGUGGUUUCUCCACUAUUGUACAAUGACGCUGAGUCAUGUCUUCCCAUCACAGGGCUUGCGAUUUGCAACUGAUAAAUAUUUUGGCAGUAAAAUAGUUUUGGAUGUACCCAAGUGAUGCGGCAGAAAAUGCUUAUAAUGCCAAUCUAAGAAAAAGUGAUCUCCAAGGCUGCAUUUUACCUGGUGGAUCUCCACGGGGUUUGAUUGUGAGUAGACCUGUAUAAGAUUGCCAUGUAAAAAUAGCAGCCGAUCAAAGCAUUUUAGUCAGUUAACCUUGCACAGAGUAUACUAAAUUGUUCAAUGUCUAGGCAGUUUAAUUGCUAGCUUAAAUUAUGAAAAUAAAUCACAGUGUUUAUGGGCUGGUGGGUGUUAAUUUGUGGCUAUUUAAGUGACUAGAUGUGUUUUGGUCUGAAGAACACAAGAGUUGUUUAACUAGAAAAUGGGGUCAAUUGCUUUGACUGAAUCAAGAGAUGUAAACAAAUUGUUUGUCACAGUGCCAUUGGCACUGAAACCCUUUUCACAGGCAGCCACUCAAAUUAAAGAAUAACAAACAGGGCAUAUACCUGCCCAAUAAAUGUUCUGCAACGUAUAUUAAUUAACAGUGCUGAGUGAUAAAUAUGUAUGUACUUGGACUUUGCCACAAAGGGCUUCUUAGGUCAAGAAAACACAAUCAGGUGCAAGUGUAUCUUAGACAAAAGAAGUGUGAUCAGUUGUAAAGAAAAAAUAUCUGUGAGGGCUAUUAAGAUAGAGACAUCUCUGAAGUGUGUGUUCUUGGGACCAAAAAGCCUAAGGAGGAAAAUAUGGUUGUUGCCCCACUGAUUCUUCUCCUCUCCCCAGAGCUUCAGAAACCAAGUGUCUGUGAAUGUUGGCUACCCCUUGAGCUCUCUGCCUCGUCGCCUUGCAUCUUCCCCCUCAGACUCCUAACCUCCGUUCCCUUUGCACCACUUUUUCUACAGCCUGAGGGAACUUGAAGCACUUGCAAUCUUCCUUUAGUUAGUCUAGUGAAGUUAUGGCCCAUACUCGGAGAACCCUAUAACAUUUGAGUGUUGAUAGGCGUUUUGCAGAUAAGACAUGCAGAACAGCAUCUCUCUGCUGGUGUUCCACUCACCCUGUCUCUGGUGAGAGAGCAACUUCACUAACAUGGUUUUGUAACAUGUUUUACAGGAAAAUCCAGAUUCUGCGGACUUCUACUGCACAGCCAAUACCCUCCCAUCCUAUCUUACCAUUUAGACUGGUAAGUCAGAGGGCAAGUUAUUCUUCAGUAGCACGUUUACAAAGGGAAGUCAAGCCAAACAUCUGAAGGCCGAUGCCAGUUGCAACCCUAACCAUUUAGCUCCCAUCACCUCCUCGUUCAAACAGUGUCAGAAUCUUUCCUGAGGCACCUUCCUCUUCUGCGCCUGGAAUUUUUAUGUUGUUUUUUUGACAAAAUUCCCCCAAAGUUUCUGCUCUGACUGCCAAUAAAAUGGAGGCGUUGGAGGUCGAUGACAUCAGUCCGGCCUUGGAAGUGACGGAAGAUUUCUUUAGCACAUUUGAUGCUAAACGAGAGAAUGUGCAGCCGCCAGAGGUUUACGGGGUCCAGGAAGUUCCUGAGCUGGUCGGCCACGAGGUGUUUAAUAGGAUUGCAGCCUGCGGAGACCUGAGGAACAUCACUUUGGGGAAAACCAACCUCGUUUGGGAGCACUGCAAAAACGGACUCUUGGAAACCAAAGUGCAGACUGCAAUUCCUGCCAAAGAACAGUUUGGAGUACAAAGGGGAAUGGUUCCAGACAACCUCUCUUGGGUGGAACGGGGGGAGGCCUCGGCUUUUAACAUCUGCCAGAGGAGGCGGGGUCGGCCCCGUUCUGUGAAUGAUAUUAUAGUGCAGAGUGAGGAAACGGCCACUUUCAAGCCAGGCCACAACCGGUCACGCUCAGACGUCAGCCACAUAGACUGGGGUGUCAUCUUAGCUGAUGCUUCUUCACAGCAGCCGUCUAAUCAAGACAAUCGAUGUCCUAAACUUUCAUUUGCACCAACUGGAUUCGAAAAGGGAGAGGACAUUCAAGGGAACUCUGGUGAGUGCUUGAUACUUUGCUACACCUGGCUUCCUUCUUCUUCUUCUUUUGGUGCCUGUCUCUUAGCGAAGGCAGAAAGUGACAGGUUUGGUGAGGCAACACAAUCCCAGGUUGGAUUUGGAGCUGUGAACCUCGAAAUUCAGUUCCCAAUUCCCACCAUGGGUUGCAAAGAUUGUCUCAAGCAAGUUGCCCGUUUCUCAACCUUAAAAGCAGAGGAACUCAACUUGAGUUACGGUUGUAAAUAUAAAUAUUUCUGUGACACAUUUGGCAGUAGAAGACUUUGAUUCUGCAGCCUGUCUAAAUUAUGCUACCCAGCUCACUACAGUAUCUGGAAGUAAGGGAGAGAAUCUGUAGGAUGCUCUGUUCACUGAUUCUUUCUAUGAGGACAAAGGUAGUGACUUUGAAUCCCAGGAUGGUCAGCCUAUGCAGUUCUGACACUAUGGCUAAUUUUUAGCACUUUAGUUUAUCAAAUUAUUUAUAUUUGGCCCAAGGAGAAUCACAGUGUAAGGAAAACACUGUAAAUGCAAUGACCUAAAAUAAUAAAAAUUAAUAAAGGUGAAAGCAUUAGCAAUUAUAAAAAGGCCAGGAUUUUUGGGGGGGGGGGGGGGUUAGUACAAAGGCUACUAAAAGAAGAAAUCAUACUAUAGUGGGCCUGCAACUUUUGCUCAUUUUACCUAUGUGAUCGCAACCUUAUAUGUGUGUGUGGGGGGGGAGGGUGUUAAAUAAAUGGAGAGCAGGGAAAACUCACGUUACCCACUCUCCAUGUAUUUAUUUCCCCCUGUCCCAUGCACCCAGUGGAUUUUCCUUGCUUACCAGGAUCUGGAAGGUUGCAAGAGGUCUCUGGAAUGCUCCCAGAGGUGUUCCGCUCACCAGGCCUUGGGGAAGGCUCUGGGAGUGCGGGGGGGGGGGUUGUUCCUGAUAUUGCGUGAUUUUGCCUUUGCACAUGUGCCCCUAGAACUGAACCCUCGCCUAAGUGGCGGGCCAACUGUAUAUUUUGCAACAUGGAAAGGGCUACUAGGAAAGGGCGACUUGGAAAAUAUGUUUGGUUUUUUAAAACCAGUUUAAAAAUCCAAAGUUUAGGUUGGAUACGAUGAGCACCUUUGAAGGGUGCUCCGUAGAACUGAACGCAGGACUCUAGGGGUGGCCUGUAAGACAGGCCUAUCAAUGGAGAUUAGGCAUAAGAGCUAAAUGGAACAUCUGCAUUGCAAGGCAGCCUGCCACUGGGGAUGGGAAGCCAAUGAGGAAGCACGGAUGCCCCUCCAUGCCAUGUUCAAGCUUCCUCAAGGCACCUGUUCAGCCUUAUAUUGAAGCACUCACCUGAUAGCCAUGGGCAACAAGGGACCGCAUACCAACAUGGUGCUCUCCAUCCAUCCUUGGCACCCAGUGUAGAAACCAAGCAGGCUGCCUGAGGGGGAAAGUCCUUUCCUCUCUGCUCAGCAGGGAUGGGGCAGUUUUGUAGGAGGCCGGAGCUCUCAGUUCCCACAGCUGCCAGUCCUAGACAGGCUAGCUGCAUUUCUAUCCUUCCUUUGCAGGUAUCUUUUGUGGGCUUCCUUACAAGGCUGUACUAGAUGGAUUUGGGGGCUGAUUCCAUCAGACAGCUCUUCUAUUAUUUGCAGACCAGACCACCAAUACAAGAUUAUUUAUCUGUGAUAAACAUCCCAGGUUUUGCUCAUGCCACUUUCAAAUUUUUCCUCUUCUAGUACCUGGGGAGACUAUUUGAGCACAAAAGGAGAGAAAUGUUGCCCUCUGUGAACAACCGUUUUUGAAACACAGUGUAUGCAAAAAAGAUUGUAAUGAGACCUAAUACAGCAAGAAAAGGGAUAUAAUCUGUAGAUAAGAGGAAUCUUAUAAGGCUCUCAGCAGGUUGUUUUCUUCGCUGUUUUCUUCUUUUGGUCCUUAUUUCUCAAGAAAUUACUUUUUUUUAAAAAAAGGAAGGCACCCCAGAUGUAGGCUAUUUGGUGUGAUUAUCUCCUAUUUUCUAUGAUGGGCUCUGAUUCGCUCUGCCUUGAUUUAAUUUCCUUGUUUGGGGAAAGAGUGAAGAGAAAUGCUGCUUCCAUUUUAGAGGGUGGACAGAAAGCACUCAGCGGAAAGGUAUUAUGCAGCUUUUGUACACCAGGCAGGUGAGGUGGCAGGAGGGAACCAGAGUGAGAGAUUGGGGGGGGGGUGCAGCUGUGAUUCCACCUGUCUAUGUCAGGAGCCGGCCACUUCUCAAAUCAGAAGGGUCCGCUGCAUUUGAAUUUUAAUCAAGUCGGCCACUGUCAUUGUCCCAGUUUAAGUGGGAGCAGAUGAAGCCAGUUCACAGGAGCUGGAGAGAAAAACCUGGCAGAGAGACUGUCUGGCUGUGAAAGAUGGGGAGGAGAGACAGCUCCUCUCUCUCUCUCUCUCUCUCUCUCUUUCAACAAAAGACAAGCAAGUCUCUGCUAAAGGCAGGAGGGAGGGGAAACAGUGGUGAGUGUGGCAUAAAACCUGGGAGAAGCUUGGAAGAGUCACCUGUGCCUGAUGGAAAUGUGAACAACAGGCUUAAGUUUCACUUUGGGUCUGCGGUAGCUGCGCUGUUUCUCUUAUUGGAUGAUUAACAGAAAGGGAAGGUAACUGUGGAAUAUAUGCGCAUGAUCGGCACUACAAAGGGAUCUGUGUGGCUUUCAAAUAAAUUAAUGGCUUUUGAGUUAGCGCAGAAAUCCCAACGAAUGUUAGGACCAGAGAGGGAAGGCAAAUCAAAUUGGUUUCUUCCUUAUACUCUUGCCUCAUCAACACUUUUUUUUUUAAAGGCCUUUUCUUUUUCCAAUUUAGAUUGAAUUUAAUUACCCCCCCCCACUGCCCCAGCAGUUUAUGUGAAAUAAAGCUCCUUUUUGGAAGCUGCGUUUUGGAUGUUAUGCACUCACGUUACGGCAGGCGUGAAGAUGCGUUGUUACUACACAAGCACCAAAUCCGAUGCAUUCUCAGCCUGGGAGGGAGACACACACAUAUCCAGGAAAUGCAAAAGUGACAGGCACUCUCCCCAGCACCCCUGGAAGUUCUGCCAUUCCCCACCAAUCAGAAACUUUCUAUCAAUGGCAACACCCAAAUGUGGAGGGAGCCGCUGAACUCGCAGUGGUGGCAGUGCAUCUCGAAAAACUCAAUGUGCAAGGCAGUGCCAUAGCACACCCCCUUUGUCUGAAUUUCAACAUCACAAUAUAUCACCCACUAAACAUCAUGAUAUAUUGAUAUAUCAAAGGGUCUGAAAUAAGGAUGCAACAAUGUAGAGGCAAACGAGGUAAUGUCCUGGAAACUGCUACUACUUAGGGUUCUAAAACUGACACAUUUUUACUUAUCUCUAACAUAUUGUUACAUCUGUUACUUUCUAGUACAACAGGGGUAGCAGGAAUCAUAAGAGAAGCAAUGACUGGCUUCAUGGUUUUUCCCACAUCACAAUUUUUUACAUAGCCCCCCCCCCCCCACACACAUCACAAUUCACAGUACAAUGGUACCUUGGGUUACAGACGCUUCAGGUUACAGAAGCUUCAGGUUACAGACUCCGCUAACCCAGAAAUAGUACCUCGGGUUAAAAACUUUGCUUCAGGAUGAGAACAGAAAUUGAGUGCUGGCACAGUGGCAGCAGGAGGCCCCAUUAGCUAAAGUGGUGCUUCAGGUUAAUGAAGUUCUUAACCCGAGGUACCACUGUAUAUCACCAUGUUGAAUAUUCCGAAACCGUUACCAUGAUGUGGGCUUCAAACCAAUUUUGGGUGAUGUAUAGAUACAUUACCUAGCCCACCAGUGGCAUAGCCAGCCCUGCAGACCCCCAGGCAUCCCUAUAGACAGGGAUCAAAUUCCUUUGCACUCUUUAAACCUCUGUUUUGAAGCACAACCCACAAAAGAGAAGGAAGGAGAGCCCCGUGGGAGCACACAGUCCCUGAGCAUGGGUGCAUAGUAGGCGUUUGCAAGAGAGAAGAGGGAGUAAUGCCACCGGGAGGGAUUCACUUCAUCCUGUGAUGUCAGGUAUGUGCAGGAGACGCAAGUUAUGUAGAAUUAAAAUGGAACUCCUGUUAGGGCUCGGCGAUACAUCGUCCAAAACCAGUUUGAAGUCCAUAUUGUGAUACCGGUUUCAUAACUUUUGACCUGGCAAUAUAUUGCAAAUCAUGAUGUGUGUGUGUGUGUGUGUGUGUGCAUGUGCUAUGCAAAAAUCACAAUGUGGGGGAAACCAGCCAAUACCUCUACAUAGUUCCAUCCUUAUUUCAUACAUUGUGAUAUAUCAUUAUAUUGUGAUGUUUAGCUGGUGACAUAUCACAAUGUUGGAAAGCAGUUAUCGCCCAGCCCUACUGUUCACCUCUACAUAGUUCCAUCAUUUCAGACAUUGUGAUGUAUUGGUAUAUUGCAAUGUUUAGCUGGUGAUAUAUUGCAGUAUUGAAAACCAGAUAUCGCUCAGCCCUACCUACUCACAAUGUAACCAAAGAAAUUUCAGUUAUUGUUUCUUCAGAGUUUCUCACCUUUAUCACCUGCUGUGUCACCUGUAACUGGAAGUAAUGGACUCCGUUGUUCUUGCAUCUGAGUUGAGUUGUAAAUCUGUCAUACUCUUUGCUGUUAGAUUCACUUAAUUUCCUGCUUUCGUUGCAUUUAUUUUGAGGAGUAGUUCUUAGUCUAAUGAAGCCCAUUGAAAGGCACCCGUGUGUCAUGUAGAUGGCUGCCAAUAAUGUUCAGAUUUUUGAAAUCAACUCCUGAGUUUUUAUGGCUCAGUAAAAAGGAAUAAUUAAUUGGAAUUGCUAGUCUCUUAUGUUACAAGUUGAUUGUCUUAGUCCAGUUACCGUAUUUUUUGCUCUAUAAGACUCACUUUUUCCCUCCUAAAAAGUAAGGGGAAACGUGUGUGCGUCUUAUGGAGUGAAUGCAGGCUGCGCAGCUAUCCCAGAAGCCAGAACAGCAAGAGGAAUUGCUGCUUUCACUGCACAGCGAUCCCUCUUGCUGUUCUGGCUUCUGAGAUUUAGAUUUUUUUUUUCUUGUUUUCCUCCUCCAAAAACUAGGUGCAUCUUGUGGUCUGGUGUGUCUUAUAGAGCGAAAAAUACAGUAAGUGCUUUGACUCCCCAGUGGGCAGUAACUGACAAAGCUACAAGCCAAGUCCCUCCACUUGCAGUUUUCAGUCACCCUAUUUUCAUGAAUGUACAUCUGAUUAAAUCACUUGAAUCAUCAUAACUCUGACCCAAAUGUAGUGGAGCCAUUUUGCAAGUUUGGGGUGCUGGUGUGGGUCCUUUUCCCAACCAAAUGCAACAGACAUCUUUGUUGCCAUCAGAAGACUCUAAAUCUGAUUUUUUGACAAUAGUUUCCACAUAGCCAAAGGAAACAUUUCAUUGAUACCUCAAACCCGAUUGUUUGUUCAUUGUAUUUGAAAACUAACUUCCAGAGUGAUUUGAUCAGGGCUUGCCAAUCUUUUUAGGCCAAUGGACCCAUCUGCAAACUUGAAAAACUGUUGUGCAGACGACAAUUACUCAUUUAUUAGAUUUCUUAGUUGCCCUUCAGCGUAAGUUCCCAGGAUGGGUUAUCAUAAUAAAGAAUCAUAUAGCUAGAGUUAGAAGAGACAUAAAGGAUCAUCUAGUCCAACGUCCUGCAAUGCAGGGAUUGCAGCUAAAGAACAGCUGGCAGGUGGGUUGCCAACCUUGUUGGACCAGUGGGCACAUUUCAGUUCUUUCUGUUGCUGUCUGAUAACACCUGGGGAAAUCUCCCUUCUCUCUUCUUCCUGUCAUCUUAAUUUUGCACGGGGAGGUUUGCUGGCAGUGCCAUCGGUCCAACCAGAAGAGUAGAGCAUGGUAAGUGGGCAUGGCAGGAGAGUGAGAAGGCUGUGGCUGGGCUGCGGCACUGAGUCCCACUUGAAAGUGGCCUGAGGCCCACCAUUUGAGAAACUGCAAUAGAGAAGGAAGUUUAAGAUAUUUGUAAGGUAAAGGUAAAGGGACCCCUGACCAUUAGGUCCAGUCGUGACCGACUCUGGGGUUGCGGCGCUCAUCUUGCGAGGGAGCCGGCGUACAGCUUCCGGGUCAUGUGGCCAGCAUGACUAAGCCGCUUCUGGCGAACCAGAGCAGCGCACGGAAACGCCGUUUACCUUCCCGCCGGAGCGGUACCUAUUUAUCUACUUGCACUUUGAUGUGCUUUCAAACUGCUAGGUUGGCAGGAGCAGGGACGGAGCAAGGGGAGCUCACCCUGUCGCGGGGAUUCGAACUGCCAACCUUCUGAUCGGCAAGCCCUAGGCUCUGUGGUUUAACCCACAGCGCCACCUGCGUCCCUUAAAAUAUUUGUAGUUAACAUUUAUUUCAACUCUCUUCUAGAACACAAGCCGACGUUCUCAAAUAUCCUGAAGAAAGGAUACUUGGAAAUUAAGAACAACCAUGACAGCUAUUGGCAGACAUGCUGCGCAGAACUCACUCCAUACAAACUGUACCUGUAUUGGCUUGACAACAGUGGGAACCAGAACCUUCCUACUGUCUACCUGCUUUUGCAUUUCCAAAGCAUCAAUGUGGAAACGAAUGUGGUUGAUGCAGUGCUGUUCAAUAACUCGCACCUGCAGCUUAAGGCAGAGUCUCCAUGGGAGGCCUUGGACUGGGGGCAGAAGCUUUGGGAAGCUGUUCAUUCCUCAGUACCAUCUUUCAUGAGGUCCCAGGGAGAUCUGGGGCGCUCGCAGAAAUUAGACAACGAUGAGAGCGGCAUCAUCCAAAAUCGUGGUUUACAGAAGGAACCUACCCAAUUUUUCCAGUCCACAUCGUUGACCCAAAACAUCAAGGACUACCAAAACAUUCUCAAAUCAGGGACUCUUUACAGACUGACGCUCCAGAAUAACUGGAAAGCUUUCCAUUUUGUACUCAGCCGGUCUCUCCUCAUGGCGUUUCAGACCGGUGGGCUUGAUGAAGACCCUCUGUUGAGCUACAACAUUGACGUGUGCCUGUCUGUCCAGACUGAUAUUCUGGAUGAUUGUGACUCUUGCUUUCAGGUUAUCUUUCCUCAAGAUGUGCUUCGUCUGCGGGCAGAAACCCGUCAAAGAGCUCAGGAAUGGAUGGAGGCCUUGAAGUCUGCCGCCAAUGCAACCAGGAGCUUGGGUCAGAAUCUGCAAGUGACACUCAGAAACAAAACCCAAGGCCUGUCGUGCGGAAAAGAGCAUAGGAAGAUCAAGCGCCAGUCGGUUACCACCAGCUUUCUGAGCAUCCUGACCACCUUGUCGUUGGAAAGAGGACUGACUGCCCAAAGUUUCAAGUGUGCAGGUAAGCAAAUAAAUGUCGGACGUUUUGUACUUGUUCUGCCUGCCUUUACUACUUGACAUGCCUUUCCAAGGCAUAAGGGCUUUCUGCUGAGUUUUGCACAGCUUCCUGUUGCAAUUCUAUAACUUGGGCGAUCUUUCUGUGUAUCACUAGCUGUGCUGGCAUGGUUCAUGAAUGCAUGGGCUUGUGAUGAGCUGCCAGGGCUUACAAGUCUUCUGGCACCUGGUCCUUUAAGUAGGUCCUGAUUUGCACCAGCAGGAAUCCAAGUGGAGACUUGGGGAACAGGCUGGGCAACCUGGCUGCCUAAAUAAGGUGCCUCCAUAAAGGUAAAGGUACCCCUGCCCGUUCGGGCCAGUCUUGCCAGACUCUAGGGUUGUGCGCGCAUCUCACUCUAUAGGCCGGGAGCCAGCGCUGUCCGCAGACACUUCCGGGUCACGUGGCCAGCGUGACAAGCUGCAUCUGGCGAGCCAGCACAGCACACGGAACGCCGUUUACCUUCCCGCUGGUAAGCGGUCCCUAUUUAUCUACUUGCACCCGGAGGUGCUUUUGAACUGCUAGGUUGGCAGGCGCUGGGACCGAACGACGGGAGCGCACCCCGCCGCGGGGAUUCGAACCGCCGACCAUGCGAUCGGCAAGUCCUAGGCGCUGAGGCUUUAACCCACAGCGCCACCUGCGUCCCUAAGGUGCCUCCAUAGAGACACCUUAUCUCUCCAACAGAGAAGCAUGGGCCCUGUGAUCUCCGGAUGAAGGGCAGUAUUCAGAUUUAAUAAAUAAUAAAAAUUUAAGCCCCACUGGGCACAGCCUAUACUUAUCUGUGCCUCCCCAGCCGCUGAACGGGGUCAGGAGGCUGAGAAAGGUUUUGGAAGGCAUCUUGUGGUAGUAACACACCUGAUUGCCGAUGCCCAGGAAUGCAGCAAUUAGUCUUUCCAGCAGGGGGCAGUGUCAGUAAAUUGUCUUUAUAUUUUAGGUCAGCCAACCUUGUUUUGAAAGGUUUUUUUUUAAAAAAUCCUUUUAUUGCCAUCAUUCUGUUCCUGCAUGUUAAGGAGAGAUUUAGCUAUUAGUAAGUUUAGGGUCAAAGCCCGGAAAAGCAACCAUAUUUCACGGAUCUUAAUUGAAAAGUGGUGUUUGGAAAGUAUUUGGCUGGCGAAUUGUGGGUUUCCCCUUUCUGGCAGGCUGAAUUUCUUAUUUAGUUAGAUAUAGAGAUCCUCUAGAAGUGAGAGACUGGUGUGCUUGUUCUGUAAACAGUAAUCAUUAUUCUUUUAAAAAAUGGAACAUUUAACUUUAAAAUAAACCAGCCAUUUCCUCUCCCCCUGCCUUCCUCAGUUUAGCAACAUCUGGACACUUAGACUACAACUCCCAUCCCAUACUGACUGAUGGGAGUUGUAGUCCCAAACAUUUGAAGGGCACCAGUUUGGGAGAGGCUGCUCACCAUGUUUGUUUCCCCUUUAUUGCAUCACACCCAAUAUUCCAUUUCUGGUGACUUCUCUGCAAAAACAAAAAACCUUUACCCUCGACCCACAGUUAUUAUUCCUGAUUGACUUUCUCCCCAUUCAUAUUGAAAGUGGGUGGUAGAUCAGCUGCCUUUGCUCCCAUCUAGGAGAGCAGAAGGAGUUCAGGCAAAUUCCUAGUGGAGCUUUCCCUAAGUUCUCCUAUGAAGAAGGUGAGUGUGAAAGCAGGAGCACAUUCAUUUAUUAUUAAAUUGGUAUACUGCCCUUCAUCCAAAGAUCACGGGGCGGUUCACAACAUAAAGAUACAAAAUGAGAACACAAAAUAAAUAAUAAAACCAAGGACAAAAACAAACCCGAUAGCCCUGCUCCCACAAACACUUUUAAAAAGCCAUAGUAUGUGAAAGAGAAACGUUCAAGCCUGGCGAUUAAAGAUGCAUAAUGAAGGUGCCAAGUGAGCCACCUUGGGGAGAGCAUUCUACAAACGGAGCCACUGCAGAAAAGGCCCUUUCUCAUGUUGCCACCCUCCAGACCUCUUGCGGAGGAGGCACACGAAGAAAGGCGUCAGAUGAUGAUUGCAGGGUCUGGGUCGGUUCAUAUGGAGAGCAGUGGUCCUUGAGGUAUUGGAUAUACACAGAUACAGCCAGUGAAGGCAAGGCAAUAGGUUAGCAAAUAUUGAAGCUGGACACUGCCGGUUGCAUCUGUGCACACAGCCCAGGUUGCUCACUAGUGUUUCAGCAGCCCCCUUGCAGCCCCUUCUCUCUCCAGUCUUACCUUUAAGAUCUUUCCAGCAAGGAAACACUUUAGAGGUGGUGUAGGUGGGGGCAGGUGUGUGUACGGUUCCGGUGUUUUGCCAUCCAGGUCGCAGCAGAAGGUUGUAGAGAAGUCUUGUACCCUUCUUCAUCUGGGGCAUGGGCACAUUCCGAACAGAAACAGAAACAGGGACCUCUGCAUGUGCAUUUGUGACCUGAGAUCUCGUGAGUAGCUCAAGGCGAUCCAGUAGGUUUUGUCGUUGAGCAGGGUUUUUAACCUGGGCCUUGUAUGCUCAAAAUCCAGUUUUUUGUAUGCAGCAUUGCACUGGCAAUUUAUGCUAGUAGUUUCCAGCUGUGCAUUGGCUGAAAGGUACACUUUACUGUUUUUACUGAGCCAUUCUGGCAGGAUCCGUGCCUCAGAAAAAAACUACCAGCUGGAGAACCCUAUAGAGGUUCAUGCACUGUUAAAGUUAGCUGUGAUUUCCUAGCUCACACCAACAUUUCUCCCCAGGAAAGGUGAACUUGGGUAUGGAGUGAGGUGUGCGCAUGCAAUCUUGCAGCUCAUUCUAGAUGGAUCACAUAAUCCCAUGAAAAGAGCCCUGGGGUUCCCGAAGGGAAGAACAAAGAUGCAUUGACAUUAUUCAUUUAUUUUAAUUUAACGACAUAAUAAAUGCGUUAAAGCUAACGAGUGGAAAGGCCGUGCUGUGGAAACUGGGCUGGACCAGGCUUGUCUGCUGAAAGUCCUUGUUGAAGGUAGCCAUUUGUCUUUUCCCACUUGGAAAGAUGUCCGCUGUCUUAACUUUGCGGGGUGGCUGUUUAACUGAAUAGGAAUACUGCUGGUAAUUGCAUCUUGUAGGCCUCAGGCCCACCCUUCCCUUCUCUCCACCCCCCUACCCUCAUCCAAUUCCCCCACAGCUGCAAAAGAGGGGCAAGCUUUGUGGAGGUGGAGAAAAAAAAGUUUUGCUGCGAAUUCUUCAGCCAUUUAGUGCAAAUUCCUGUAAUUACCAUCAUUGUGUCCUGUCUGAAUGGCACAUAAUACAGCAGAAGCCUUUCCUAAUUGAGACCUUACAGGAGGUACAAAUCCCUCCUUUGUUCAGCCUGACAAAUUAGUGCCAGAAAGUGGCAGGGUCCGAGUGGGAAUCAAAGAGGAGUUGCACAAAGAUGAGACUUAAGGCUACAGUAAUAACCCUCUCUUGUUCUUCAGGGGAGGAAAAAAGUAAUGGAAAAAUUAGGCUUUUUCUUUCUUUGGGGUUUUUUGUUUUGCUGUAAAUUCCCUUGACAUGACAGCACCUUAGGGCUGCUUUAUUUAUUUAGUAAAAGUGAUUAAAUAGUAAUAUGACCCAUUGUCUCUCCAACUGCCCCCCAGCCGACUAAGUCCCACUGCCUUGACUAAUUGAUUGACAAUGAACCUCUGAUAGAGGAGUUUGUUGGAAAGAUUUGCUGGGGAUAAGGUCCCCCCCCCAUCCUUCCCCCAUUUCUUUCUUUAUUUUUUCUUGUGUCAGGGAUUUUGGGGGGGGGGGUUGGGGGGGCAGAGUUGGUUUUGUUUGAAUUGCACUCUACAUCCCGCCCCCCUUUUCCUAUCCUCCUUGUUAAAAGCUUUUGCAGCAAAAGCUUCCAGACAAACAGCUGACACUCAGAAGUGGGUAAGGAAGAAUGUAGCUUUAGACAAGUUUAUCUUGGGCGCCAGCUAGCAUUUUUCCAACCAGGGAUAGAAGCCAGGGCAGCCAUAUCAGGCCUGGGGAUGUGGCAGAAGGAGAAGAGGAAGGGGGGAAAUGGAUUCUCAGUGUAUCAGGGUCAGGAGGGCAGAUUAAAGAAACAAAAACGAAGGGGAAAAGUUUUUCCUUCAGGAACGGAUGCCUUCACUCGGCCUGGGAAGAGAAAAGGUUUUACUCUGUCCAUUUUCAUUUAGCUCUUUCCACCAGAAUAAGUGUGUCUGAUUCUGUUUUGCUGUGCGGUCCUUUUCAGCACCUAGAAUCUUCUCUGCAAUCAGUGGUCAGAUCCAGAUACAAACUGUCCAUGGUGCUAUGCCAAACGGCCAAAGAAUUUCAUCACCUCCAGUGUUUCAAAGGGACCAUCAAGGCAUCUUUCCCAGUUGUUGAUUGUAACCCUGUCUUUCAUGAAUUAGUUUAUCUUAAAGCCCUUUUUUAUUAAUUCAGCAAUGUUGUUUUGGGGGGUUGCUUUUGUGUUUUGUUUUGUUUUGUUUUGGUGGCAGGGUAUCCUUUGAAUACGAAGAAAAAAGAUUUGCCCUUGCCUAUGUUAUGCAUUAAACUAAGGAAUGUAGUCAAAUUGUUUAGGAGAUACUGAAGCCAUUGUGCACCGUGCUCCUAAUCUCCUUUACUCAGAAGGAAGUCCACUGGGGUAGCCUCCUACUAAACUUCCAAUAAGAUUGCAGCCCUAAUAGUGUGAUCCUGUGCAUGUCCUAUUGAGUUUACUGGGACCUGCUUCUAGGUAACGGUCCAGAGGAUUGCAGCCUAAGCCUUUCAAUAGGAAAUGGGUAUAUAUGCUUAGCUCAGGCAGGGGUCCCAUUAUAGUUUGCGCUGUAUAAACAUAUUAAGGAAGCUUGUUCCCACCCUGUUUUGUUUAUGGCAACCUCAUCCUAUGGACCCAAUUGUUAUACAGUUCAUUUACUAUUUUUACAUGGCUUUUCUUAUUGCUCAAGUGUUAGGAUGCUAAAUGCCUCUGUCGGCAUCCUGUAAACUUCCGAUUCCCAUGCACACAUUGCAAUAGCAAAGACUUAAGGAGGAAGUCAAGCAGCUGUAAGAGAAAAGCGAAUAAUUCCAGGGUAGAGAGAAUGAGGGCAAAUGUCUGCUACAAACCCAGAUAUGGCGCUUGGAAUCAUAAUCAUAAUUUAUAUAAUGUGUUAGAGAUUUCAAACAACUUCAUAUAUGUUAUUUAAGUAUGGUAAACUUCAUUGUGUGUGACUGUUCAUGGCUGACAUGAGGACUGAACCAGGGGUUUCGCUGCCUUAUUAUUUCAUUUGUAUCCCACCUUUUCUCCAACAUGGCGUUUGUGGUUUUCCCCCACCCAACAACCCCAUGAGAUAAGUUAAAAUGAGAGGCUGUGAGUGAGCCAACGUCACCAAAUGAGCUUUGCAGCUGCAUUUUAAGUUUUGGUCUCUUUGAUCCUAGUCUAGGGGUAGGAAGCCACUUUCAUCUGAUGGGCUGGAUCAGAAAGCAGUCAACCCUCUGCAUGCCACAUUUAACAAAGUCACUCACAUGAAGGAAGGCUGGUCAGAAAUUGCCUUAUGGGCCCAUGAGCCAGAGAUACCCUGUCAUUGUCCUAGUCUUGACUGGCACUCUUGGCCACUAUGUUUCACCAGACCUCAAAAUAAAGUGAGAUUGUUUGCAUGUGUUCAGUUCAUAUGCAUGAAGGUGUGUGGGUUUUUUUGCCUUCAGAAUGCUCUGGUGCAGUGCCAUUUUCCACGCUCGACCAGUCUUGCCAUCAUUCUUGCAUAUUAGGGGCAUUUGAAAAUCUUCCGAUAGGUCUGGAAUUGUGUAUAAUGCAUGCACAUGUAGCCCACAAACUUGCUGCCACAAUUUUACUGUUAUUAUCACAGUAUGUUUCCUGCAAUGUGCAAAUUUGCGGCUGAUGGAAGCAGUGGUUCAGCGCUCCGGGGCUUUUGGUCAUGGUGAGGUCCUAUCUAAUGAAAGAUUAAAAAGAAAGAGAAAAACGGAAUGUUCCUCAUCCUUGAACAUAAAACCCUUCUGGAUCAGAUCUUUUGUGCACCCAUGUUUGUUUGUGGUGGUGGCCAACCAGAAUCUUCCAAGGAGCCCACAAGCAGGGUGCAUGAAAUCAACAUGUCUUUCCAACUUGCCUCUCCCUCCCCUUGGAAGCAACUGGUAUUCAGCGAAAUCGGAGUUGUCAUUUAGCUAGAUCAGCUAGUAGCAACCAUGUAAGAGAAUGAAAGUUUACUGCCCCCCCUUCUCCCCCAACCUUAUAUUGACCACAACAUUAAUGUCUCACAUUGAAUAUAACUUAUCUGUAGAAAGGACUUGGCGAUCUGAAAACAGAAACGAUGUAUGUACUUUUGUAAAAAAAAACCCAAAUCUUGAAUUAAAACCCCCCAAUAAGAAUGCCCUUCCAUGAAUUUGGCUAAUCCCUUUUCAGAGCCUUCUAAACUGGUGCCAUUAGCAGAUUCCAUAUGUUAAUGAUACUGUGUGUGAGAAAGCUCUUCUUUUCGCUGCCCUGACUCCUCUGCAGGUCUGUUUCAAGCAAGGGGUGUAUAACUUUUAUGAAAUAAAUAAAUAAAUAGAGGAGAAAAACCCUUCCCUGCUUUGAAUCCAGGCAAAACCCUUUCCCCCACAUUUCAGACAAGGGUGUGAGAAAUUCAUUGCUUGGGGAACGGUUGGCUCCCCAUUCCCGUCCUUAUUCCUCACCUCGCCAAAGAGCAGGUCCACUCAGCUCUUGAAACAUGCUAUUCCCCAGUCCUUGCAUCGUCUUUAUUGCUUCUAACAGUGUGGGGGGGGGUGAGACGUGUUUGCAGGUGUGCAGUGUGCCGCAUUGUUGUACUUGGUGGUUUUGCGAUGCUGAGAUUGUGAAAUCCAAGCAAUAAAAAGUCAGCCAGUUUCAAGGGUGAAGGUUUCUCCUGCAGCAUAUUCACCUUUGCGAGAUAACCAGUGUAGUAUUUCACUCAGGUUUUAUUGGCUUAGAUUUUGAGGUUUGCAAACAUACCAAAGGGCAGGAUUUUAAAAUUUUUAUUUAAAAAUGGUUUGCCUUGUUAAAGGCUGAUGCAACUUGGCCAGCAAUAAGAGAGACCUCUGGAGACCUUCUGUUAUUUAUUUUUAUUACGACAUAUGUAUUCCACCUCUCCUUCCACUGCCCGUGAUAUGAGGGGGAGGCUGGGGAAAGGAGAAUGGGACUGGGAAAAGGCAGAACCUUUCUGUGUGUAACACUGCAGGCCUGUAUGUACCAGGGCAUUGUACAAGCUAUUUAUUAGCAUUCAGAUUCUUGCUGCCGUGGUCCAUUAUGUGCACUGUCAGCUGUGUUGUGUCUGGUGUGGUGGGCCAGGUUGCACAGGCAAAGAAGGCCUGUUGAAUUUUUCAAGCGCUUGAAAGCUUUCCUACCCAGUUGCUAGGUAAAGGUAAAGGGAACCCUGACCAUUAGGUCCAGUCGUGACCGACUCUGGGGUUACACGCUCAUCUCGCUCUAUAGGCCAAGGGAGCCGGCGUUUGUCCGCAGACAGCUUCCGGGUCAUAUGGCCAGCAUGACUAAGCCGCUUCUGGUGAACCAGAGCAGCACACAGAAACGCCGUUUACCUUCCCGCCAAAGCGGUCCCUAUUUAUCUACUUGCACAUGAUGUGCUUUCGAACUGCUAGGUUGGCAGGAGCAGGGACCGAGCAACAGGAGCUCACCCCGUCACGGGGAUUCGAACCUCCGACCUUCUGAUCGGCAAGUCCUAGGCUCUGUCCUAGGCUUAACCCACAGCGCCACCCGCGUCCCUACCCAGUUGCUAGACUUCUGCAGUUGUGCCAAAUGAACAUGCACAAAGCGCAGAAUUGUUCACAGCAUAAAUGAAGCCCUCUACCUCUCUCGUCUGCUGGGCAGUGAGGGUGGUCUGCAGACCAUCUCAUUCUCCCCUUCCAGAGCAGGACCACAACUGUAAUUACCGAGAAAUGAGCAGGAGAGGUACCAUGUGCUUUCUCCGAUGGCCUUCCUGAGCAGCACACACAGAAAAACCCGCAAAUACUGUCUGUUGACAUAAACUGGUCACCAGAGCCUUGUGCAAAGGUCUUCAGGCUGCCAACAAUUUAUGUUGCGAAGCCUGCAGAGAAGAUGACCUAGCAAGAUGGCACAUAGGGUCAUGGACAGACUGCUUGCAUAUGUGUGUUGCAACAGGGUCUUAUCUGAGAGCACAUUGUGCUUGCCUCCCCCCCCCCCUUAGGGCUGCCACCUGAUUAAAGAAACCAUAGCCAACGGAUCCUAAAGAUCUGAAUUUGUUUGCACUUUUGAAUCUGUUGAAGUUUGAAAAGCCAAGCGUGAGGAAUAUGGAAUAUAUUUUUUAAACCAGGCUCCCGGAGCAGCUCACAAAGCUCAGUGUGUUAAAGACAGUCUCUUUCCCCAGGCAUGCAAUUCUCAAAGACAAUGACGCACAAGGAAUUCUGAAGAGCAAAUAUUUUCUCUGGUUUUCGGUAGUGCCUGCUGUGACAUGCGCGCAGGUGUCAUCUUAGAAGAGGUGUUCCUCCUCGUCCUCGCGCACGUGGCAGAAUGCUUCCUCAAAGGUGAUACCAGCUGACCAUGGAUUUUCUAGGCAAAGAUAUCUUCCUUGGGAGCCUUCCUCUGGGUGGCCCAGCCCCCUGAGGUGUGGUGCGUGGCAGCCAGGGAGAGGGCCCUUCUUUCUCCUCAAGUUUGCCUGGUGCCUACUUUAUCUUUUCAGGCUUUCAGCACCAUUCUCCUUUUCCUCCUGCCCGUUCUAUCGGCUGUUGUUAUUGCUGUUGUUGUAAUAAAAGGUAAAGGGACCCCUGACCAUUAGGUCCAGUCGUGACCGACUCUGAGGUUGCAGCGCUCAUCUCGCUUUAUUGGCCGAGGGAGCUGGCGUACAGCUUCCGGCUCAUGUGGCCAGCAUGAUUAAGCCACUUCUGGCGAACCAGAGCAGCGCACGGAAACGCCGUUUACCUUCCCGCCGGAGCGGUACCUAUUUAUCUACUUGCACUUUGAGGUGCUUUCAAACUGCUAGGUUGGCAGGAGCAGGGACCGAGCAAUGGGAGCUCACCCCGUCCCGGGGAUUCGAACCGCUGACCUUCCGAUAGGCAAGCCCUAGGCUCUGUGGUUUAACCCAUGGCGCCACCCGCAUCCUAAAACAUACAACACCAUGUACAAAGGAAUCAUAGAACUGGAGAGUUGGAAGACCCUGAAAAGGAGGUGUUGGGAGCAAAACAGAAUCUUGCUCUUGAGACCAAAAAGGUUCCCCACCCCUGUCUUAGUAAUCAAUAACCAAUAUUAUGUUGUACGUCUGAUGCCAUAAAAAUUCCUGUAUGGAUUUGAACAGAGUGCUGCUGCUUGCUGAUUCAACAGAGGUGCCCUUGCAAGUUAAAAUGGGCCACUUGCAUCCCUAAAAAUCCUGUACUGAGGGUGGGGGCGAGUGUGGAAAGGGAUACCCAAUAGCAUUUCAUUCCAGUAAAUGUAAUGGUGUUAAUAAGAGGGGGGGGGGGUUGAAGUCUAAGAAAGGAAUGGCAUUGUAAGCCUUAGAAUCCAGACUCUAUGCAACAGAGGUACUCAACCUUGUGGUGUAUCACUGCUCCCGCCUCUUUCUUUCCCUUCUUUAUUUUUUGCAAAUAGCUUAAUUGGUGUCUGCCACUGAGAUACAUUUGUCACCGUGCAUCACUUUGAACCUCCUAACAUCAAAGGAAUCGACUGCUUUCAUAACUUGAUUUGAAGGGGUUGUAGAAAUAACGGUCCUUGUGAAAUAAAACAUGCGACAGGCACAAGGCGAGGGAUGUUGAACAGUUUCAACACAGUUGGGGCAGGGAGAACGCCGCAACCUCAGCGGUCGUGUCUAAUGGGACAGGAAGACCCUGUACUGUUAUUUGCAGCUCUCGCUCUUCCUUAAGUUUGUCGUUUUGCAAUUCACUUGGCUACACAGGGCUGUUUGUGUGCAUUCUGCUGUGUGACCCAGGUCAAAAAUGUGUUGUCAAGGAAAUGGAGGGCAAGUACAAAUCAAGUGGAAAGCGAAUGGCUUUGCUGCAUGAAAACAGGUUUAGCAGCAAUCGCUUCCUUGGGAGAGGUCAUAGAGCAAAGAGGAGGAAUAGAGACUUCUAGAGGAAGGGAGCAACAGGAAAAAGCUGCCUUCUUCAGGAUUGCAUAUGUGUAGAGGAGGGCUGACCGGUACCUGGCAGAGAACUUUGUCUUCUGGGAUUUCCAGCUUUUUAUUUUAAGAUUCAUGUUUCUAGCCCUCGUGGUUUCUAGUCUGAAAAUGUUCAGGCAAUUUCUGUGAAUGAAGCUUUUAUGGCUGUUCGGCUUCCUGUUGUCAACUUUUCCCAGUCAGGUUCCUCACAGAAUAUUUUCCCCCUUGCUAUAUACUCUGCAGCCACGUUGAUGGUUACUCCAAAGUUUAAAAAAAUAUGGAAGAAACGAGAAGCGGGCUCGGAAUCAAGCAUUCAAUUUCACGUCAUCACUGAAUCUGAGAUCAGAGUUUGAAUUUAUCAAAACAAUUGAAUCUCCAGGAUGCACCAUUUGGAUACUUUUCUUGGUUCAAAAGAGUAAACUUUGGCGAGGCACACCCUGAAGCAGAAGUUGAUAGGCUUGAAUAGAUGCUAAAUUGAACCAAUUAACUCCUCCCACACUAUAUAUUAGGAACAUUGGAAGCUGCCAUUUACUGAGCGAGACCACUGAUUGAUCUUGACUCGGUAUUGUCGCCAUGGACCAGAAACAACCCUUCGGCGUUUCAGAUAAGCCCCACCUGGAGAUGCCCAGAAUUUAAUCUGGGACCUUCUGCAUGGGCUGUAUGAGCGAGCUAUGUACAUUCUCCUUCCUAUAUUGGGCAUAUUCACCUGGACUUUACAGAUGAGCAAAAUCUGUGCAUCCUGACUUUCACGGCAGAUCGUUCAGGGCUUCCAUGAAACCUUCUUUUGUGGACACAUGUAAUCAGUGCCUGAGCCAAAAAAUCUCCUCUCUGCUAACAAUCCCUCACCCCCAAAUCUGUGUGACUUGCUAUCAGCUUGAGCAUUCAAAGAGCACAUCGUUUCAAAGCAAGCCCAAUGUUCUUAGAAUCAUAGAAUUGUAAGAAGCGUGCUUUUGAGAAGCUGGAAAGUGAUGGACCGGGCUUCUUCACACACCCUAACCCAUUCCACAAAGCAGGCUGCCAAGCAAAUGGUGUUACCACAGUCAUCAGGAAGAACAGCCAAUACAGUACAGUGGUACCUCGGGUUAAGUACUUAAUUCGUUCCGGAGGUCCGUUCUUAACCUGAAACUUUUCUUAACUUGAAGCACCACUUUAGCCAAUGGGGCCUCCUCCUGCUGCUGCUGCUGCUGCACCGCCGCUGCACGAUUUCUGUUCUUAUCCUGAAGCAAAGUUCUUAACCUGAAGCACUAUUUCUGGGUUAGUGGAGUCUGUAACCUGAAGCGUAUGUAACCCGAGGUACCACUAUCUCUUUAGGAGACCCACUUUGGUUCUGGGCUUCCAGUUGCUAAGCUGUUCAGUGGUACCUCGGGUUACAUACGCUUCAGGUUACAGACUCCACUAUCUCAGAAAUAGUACCUCGGGUUAAGAACUUUGCUUCAGGAUGAGAACAGAAAUGGCGUGGUGGCAGCACGGCAGCAGCGGGAGGCCCCCUUAGUUAAAGUGGUGCUUCAGGUUAAGAACAGUUUCAGAUUAAGAAUGGACCUCCGGAACGAAUUAAGUAUGUAACCAGAGGUACCACUGUAAUAUGAAACUGGGCUUGUACAUGGAUUCCUGAAACUAUUUCAUAGCAUAUGAGGACAUGUUAGAGAUUUGUGUGGUUCAGAAUCUUAUACAGUCGUACCUUGGAAGUCGAACGGAAUCUGUUCCAGAAGUCCGUUCGACUUCCAAAACGUUCGAAAAACAAAGCGCGGCUUCCUAUUGGCUGCAGGUUUGCGACAUUUAGGAGCCAAAACGUUCAGGGAACUACGCUGUUUGCCUUCCAAGGUACAACUGUAUUUUAUAAUAGGAUAGCAUGGAAUGUCACACAAGCAGUUAUCAAAAACGCCUCAUUCUCUUAUUCCGGUAAUAUUUAUUUAGAGCUGUAAUUGUUCUGUUUUGAAAGGUAAUUAUAUAUUCUGUGUUCGCUCUCUUACUAAAACACAGCAGCGUGUAGUUAUGGAGAUUUCCUUCCAAUACUGCUAAGAGUCCUGCAUUUUUUAAAGCUGUUUUUUUCCUUUCCCCCCCUUAUUGGCAGGUUGUCAGCGGUCCAUAGGCCUCUCCAAUGGCAAAGCCAAGGUGUGCAGUUACAGCGGAUGGUACUACUGCAGCAUGUGUCACGUGGACGACAGCUUUCUAAUUCCUGCUCGGCUGGUUCAUAACUGGGACACUUCAAAAUACAAGGUAGGACAUGAAGGAAUCCCUUCUCCUGCCCUUAGUGAUGAAUGCCCAUAUGAACAGUUGCGCUGAGUGCGAAACCAGGGGGGGAAGCCAUCUUCCUCAUCCCCAAGAAAGCCCCUGGAAUCCACACAACCUCGUGACAUAGCAUGUUCCCAUCAGGCACUCUGUCCCCAGUGAGGAGGGAAUAGUGCUGAGGGUACAGCCUUGUCACCACUUGGCAAAGCUUUCUUUUUCUGUAGAAAUGAGUUGGGGGAAGAGAGGGAAUAAUAAUAAAUAAAUCAAUAAAAUUAUACCCUGCCCAUCUGGCUGGGUUUCCCCAGCCAUUCUAGGCGGCUUCCAACAAAACACUAAAAUACAAUAACCUAUCAAACAUUAAAAGCUUCCCUAAACAGGGCUGCCUUCAGAUGUCUUCUAAAAGUUUGGUAGUUAUUUUCCUCUUUGACAUUUGGUGGGAGGGUGUUCCACAGGGUGGGUGCCACUACCGAGAAGGCCCUCUGCCUGGUUCCCUGUAACUUGGUUUCUCGCAGCGAGGGAACCGCCAGAAGGCCCUCGGUGCUGGACCUCAGUGUCCGGGCUAGGUAUACUAGACCGAGGCCGUUUAGGGCUUUAAAGGGAAAACGCUCAGACACCUUGUCUUAAACAUAAACCCACCUCCGUCUGAACAUUUUGAGAUUUUUCUGCCUUCCCCACAAUGCUUGUGUGGCAGAGGGAGUCUUGGCUGAACACUGCUUUGGCCUAGCCCAAGUAAGGUGCACACCCUCCCCUGUGCUUUGACUGACACUUAAAGUCACCACAAGUUCAAGACAGCUUGCUCAGAUACCGUUAUAUCUGGAAGAAUUCUGUGGGGACCUUGAGCUGAGAUCCACUGGGUAUCACAGCCAAAGCAGGGUUUGAUGUCAACUUACUAUCGGAGAUUGGCAGCACUGACCAGCUUUGACAGACAGAAGGUUGUUUCUUAAUUCUGGCUUUCCACCCUUUUCACUUGUGCACAAGAUGUUUCCUAUUAAGCCUCACGGAGACCUGGUGAGAUUUCAGUCCUCAUUACAUGCUUCCCAACUGCAAAUGUCUGUGCCUCUGCAAAUUAUUUUGGAAACUUUGGCGCUGCUUAAUCUCCAGAGCACAGAAUGAGUCAAAUGGAGCCAUUGAGAGCGCUCACCUCCUGUUCUUAUUGCUGCUCCCGGGUAAAAAUGUGAACCUGUUAUUUUUCUCUGCAACAAUUCCGCGUAGGGGAAUCAAUGUAUGCGCCAUAGCAUGAGCCUUAUUUGGUAAUGUUGAUACAACUAGGCAUGUGUUUUCAUUUGUUCACUCGGAACUCACUGUUCAUGUGUAAUAUCAACUGUGUUUUACGUGUCAUCCCGUUCCCUGCCCACACGUCUGCUUCGUGUACAGAGGUCUAAAUCUAGCAAAGCACUGGAGGCAAUGAUUCAGCAUUGUGCUGGGUCAGGAAUAUGAAGCAAUCAACCACAGCAGGAUUUAGAAUGAGGAUGAGCUUGCGCUGACCAGCUUCAGGGCAACUGGAGCGUGUAUUUUCGCACUGUUUUGCUGUCUUAACUGGAUGCCAUGGGGGAAAUCUUAGAAAAAGUGUAAUGCUACGAUCCGUCAUGGAUGCAACCUGGGAUCAGAGGAGGAAAGCACAGAGGUCAAGGCAAUAGUACCAGUGUUCAAAAGAAGUGAUUAAUUAAUUUCAUCUAUACAUGCAGCAGGGGACGCGGGUGGCGCUGUGGGUAAAACCUCAGUGCCUAGGACUUGCCGAUCGCAUGGUCGGCGGUUCAAAUCCCCGCGGCGGGGUGCGCUCCCGUCGUUCGGUCCCAGCGCCUGCCAACCUAGCAGUUCAAAAGCACCUCCGGGUGCAAGUAGAUAAAUAGGGACCGCUUACCAGCGGGAAGGUAAACGGCGUUCCAUGUGCUGCGCUGGCUCGCCAGAUGCAGCUUGUCACGCUGGCCACGUGACCCGGAAGUGUCUGCGGACAGCGCUGGCUCCCGGCCUCUAGAGUGAGAUGAGCGCACAACCCUAGAGUCUGGCAAGACUGGCCCGUACGGGCAGGGGUACCUUUACCUUUACCUUUUCCUUUAUACAUGCAGCACACUCACAAUUGAUCUAUUUAUCAAAGACAGUUGUUAUGUCUAACUAGAUAGGCAGGCUAGUACAAAAUAUUAAUAAUAAUAAUAAUAAUAAUAAUUUUUACCCCGCCCAUCUGACUGGGUUUCCCCAGUCACUCUGGGUGGCUUAAUAUUAAAAUAUUAAAAAUAUAAUAAAACAUCAGACAUUAAAAACUUUCCUAAACAGGACUGCCUUCAGAUGUCUUCUAAAGUCAGAUAGUUGUUUAUUUCCUUGACAUCUCUUGGGAGGGCGUUCCAAAGGGUGGGCACCACUACUGAGAAGGCCCUCUGACUGGUUCCCUGUAACUUCGCUUCUUGCAGUGAGGGAACUGCCAGAAGGCCCUCAGAGCUGGACAUCAGUGUCCAGGCUGAACGAUGGGAGUGGAGACGCUCCUUCAGGUAUACUGGGCCAAGGCCAUUAAGGGCUUUAAAAGUCAGCACCAACACUUUGAAUGUUGAGUGGAGCAAUUGUAGGAAGCUUCGCUCUGUUCCUUGGGUGCUGCAGAGGACUUCAUCCAAAAUUGGUUCUGUCCUGAAAGUUCUUAUACUUGCUCAGUCUCUUGCUAACUGACAUAGACUGUUUUAUUAUUAUUGCAAGGGCCACAUGACAAAAGGUCAUAUUCUCUGACCACAUCAGGGUGCCUGUGAGCAAAAGAGCACAACUGUCUUGAAAUGUGACAUUUCUUCUUCCAAGGAAUGUAGUUAAAAAACCAAGUCCUGUUUAUAGCCCCUACCCCUUUUGACAACCUUGCAGAGCUCACAUCCCAUUCAUUCCAUAUAUCCUUCCCAAUUAUAAUGUAACUAAUUACAUUAAAAAUAGCAAUAUUAUAAAGGCAAAAUCUUUGGACUCAUUUUGCAAAAUAAUAUCUGACUUACCCUGGUGCACGUGACAUUUUGUUCUUACUAAGUACAUUUAAUAUGGAGAAAAGACACAGUAAAUCCUCGCUGAGUCUUUAUCUGAUGAGACAAAUUCUUGGGAUUAUGGAACUGGAGUUCAGACCUGCACAUGGUAUGACCACCAGGUCAAACUCAGUCUACCAUGCUGGUACCAUGCCUACCAGAAACUUGAUAAAAUCCUGUUUUUGCUAUCUGCCCUAGGACAGGAGAUGGGAUUAUCAAGCACUUCGCAGGCAAAAAUAUCUGACUAGUGGUAGGCUAUGUUUCAUCUAGCCGUUCACAGCUUGAUUGAAAUACAGUGGUACCUCGGGUUAAGUACUUAAUUCAUUCUGGAGGUCUGUUCUUAACCUGAAACUGUUCUUAACCUGAAGCACCACUUUAGCUAAUGGGGCCUGCCGCUGCCGCUAUGCGACUUCUGUUCUCAUCCUGAAGCAAAGUUCUUAACCCGAGGUACUAUUUCUGGGUUAGCGGAGUCUGUAACCUGAAGCAUAUGUAACCUGAAGCGUAUGUAACCCGAGGUACCACUGUAGAGUCUUCCCCUGUUGCUUUGUACAACCAAGAUCGACACCACGCAACUACCUUUGUGGCUGUUUGCUUCAGUUCAACCUGCAACAACUUGAUUGAUCACUGAGGAAGCAUCACCAGGUUUUUCAAACUAGAAGUGCUUUGUGGAGCUCUUUCUAGAUCUUGGACUUUGUUUCCCUUGUGAGAUGGUGAUUUGUUUCAUAAGGAAGCUUUGGUGAUAAAUAUGGCGGAAUAGAAAUCAUGAGCUCUUUGUAACAGUUUAUUCCCCCUUUUCCUCCAAGGAUCUCAGUGUGAUAUUCUUGCUUCUCCCCAUUUCAUUCUCCCAACAAGCCUUAGAAUUAGGCGAGAGUGAGAGGGAGUCACCAGUUAAGCUUUGUGGCUAAGUUGAGAUUUGAACCUGGAGCUCUCCAGUCUAAGACCGAAACUCUCACCACUACAGUGGCUCUAACGUGAGCUGGAAGAAGGUGCAAUACAGUCGUACCUUGGAAGUCGACUGGAAUCUGUUCCGGAAGUCCGUUCGACUUCCAAAACGUUUGAAAACCAAAUUGCGGCUUCUGAUUGGCUGCAGGAAGCUCCUGCAGCCAAUCAGAAGCUGUGGGAGCCCCGUGGGACGUUUGUCUUCCAAAAGAAUGUUCACAAACCGGAACAAUCACUUCCGGGUUUGCAGCGUUCGAGAACCAAAACAUCCAAGUUCCAGGGCGUUCGGGAUCCAGGGUAUGGCUGUAUAUAGAUGUACAAACAUGUACACAAAAGUUCCUCAUCAUAACUGACAGCUGCUGUCUUGCCUUGUUUUGUGACCAGGUUUAUUAAUAAUGUUGUGUGUGUGUGUGUAUAUAUAUAUAUAUAUAUAUAUAUAUAUAUAUAUAUAUAUGCAAUUGCAUUUCAAGUAUUUUAUCCCAUUUAGAUUAACAAAUUUAAUUCCUUAUCCAAAUACAAAAGACUACUUUAUUCCAUUUUAACACAGAUGACUCUUGUAUAGCAAGGCAAAUUAGCUUUGUGGUCUUAAAAUUUGUCCUUUCAUCAGGAAAAGAAUGGAUAGAGCCAAAGUUUAUUUAUCAGAAUAUAAGUGUGUAGGUAGAGAGUAUCUUGUUUUGAUUUCAUGUAAGCCACUCUGGGAGCCUUUUUGGCUGAAGAGUGGGCUACAAGUUCUCAAAAUAGAUAGAUAGAUAGAUAGAUAGAUAGAUAGACAGACAUAGCAUGUGGGUGGCGCUGUGGGUUAAACCACAGAGCCUAGGGCUUGCUGAUCAGAAGGUCGGUUCGAAUCCCCGUGACGGGGUGAGCUCCUGUUGCUUGGUCCCUGCUUCUGCCAACCUAGCAGUUCGAAAGCACGUCAAAGUCUAAGUAGAGGUACCGCGGAGGUACCGCUCCGGCAGGAAGGUAAAUGGCGUUUCCAUGCGCUGCUCUGGUUCGCCAGAAGCGGCUUAGUCAUGCUGGCCUCAUGACCCAGAAGCUGUACGCCGGCUCCCUCGGCCAAUAAAGCGAGAUGAGCACCGCAACCCCAGAGUCGUCCGUGACUGGACCCUAAUGGUCAGGAGUCCCUUUACCUUUAGCUUACCUUCUAGGAUCGCCCGUCAGUCUGUGCCAUUGUGGCUGGUCUUGCUGCCUUCUUGGGCCUCGGCUUGGCUUACAAAGACCUCACAAUUUUUCUCCUGGUUGCUGUGAGGACGUCUGCAGCUGAGACCAGGAGACCACUUCAGACUUUUCGAUUGAGAACUGGUAUGAACACAUUUGGCACCGUGCUCUAUUGAGGGGGAAACUAAGCCAUAGCAUUAGGCUGGCUGUGGUCCAAGCUGAGCGAAAAGCGUUAGAAGCCAUCUGUUUUCUCUUUAUCACGUUCAUUAAUACAUCAGCAGAGGAUCUUUGUUCACCUGGAUCUCAUGCCAGCUUUGGGAGAGACUUGUUGCGCUAAAGUACAUCGGCUAUUGGGUCAGUGAUGCUGACCCAAAUGUAAUGUUCCCACCAAAUGUAAACAUUGGAGACCUGAGUGUGCUUGUUAAUGAAUGUUACGUUGCAUGUUUUUUGUACAUGCAGAAUCAAUAAAAUUGCCAAAAAAGGUAAUAUACAAAACCUGAACACAUUUACAACGUAAAUACUCUGCAUAGAACAUAAAAAUUCACUUUCAGGCAGUAGUUCACAUUCAUAAUCUUUUUCCAGUGUAAUAAUCAUAAUACUCACUGAAUAGCACAGCUCAUUAAUUUAUAAAAUCAUUUAUAGAGCAGCAUAUUUAUGUUAGAUUUAAAAGAUUUAAAUCAUUGUCAUAAUUUAUUUUUAUUAUUUAUACCCCGCCCAUCUGGCUGGGUUUCCCCAGCCACUCUGGGCAGCCUCCAACAAAAUAUUAUUGUCACAAUGGCAUAAAUACUAUAUCGCAAGUGGACUGUGCAGGUUUCACAAAAUCAUUUGUAUCUUCCUUUUGCUGACCUGCUCAUUUAACUGGAGAUAAUAAGUCCCAAGCCUUUACCCCCUCUCUGUUAUUUGCCUCUUUUUAACAUUUCCAAAAUCUAACAAAUGUUGUUGGCUGCACCUGUUGUAUACAGAACUGGCAUUUGAAUAUUGCAAGAUACAAAAUGCAGCAAGCAAAGCUUCAAUUCUGGUUUUAAUUUUACACAUUUCAUUUAUAAUAUCUGUAAUACUAUAUUUUCCAAAUUUUUCUUGUUCUUUCACAUAGCUGCAAUAUGUGGAUAAAAGCCCCUUUGUUUUUAAAGCAAUACCAACAUUUAUAUUCUGUAUGUUUAUGUGUGUAUGUGUGCCUUUCAUUUCAUGGUGUACAGCACCAUUGGUAGACCAUUAUAUAACAACAUACAAGUGUUUUGUGUCUUUAUUAAUCUUCAAAUUAUUGUUUCCAAUUUUUAGUAUUAUUUUUGUAAGAGAUCAGUGCAAAUCAACAAUGUCUGCAAAGGUUCCCUUCUCUCUCUCUCUCUCUCUCUCUCUCUCUCCCUCCCUCGAAGGAUUCUGUAAUUUUGAGAUUUGUGAUGUUGUCUUUGCAAAUUUAUUGUGUCUGAUGGGGCUGCCAGUUGACAAUUUUCUUUCUUGUUUAUUUUAAAAAAUAGUAGUAGCAGCUGACAAAUAGAUGGGGCAUUUAUUGCAGCUUAUUGAUCCUAGCCAUCUGGAGAACCGUAACAUUACAUUUCUUUUAUGGCCCCACCUGUAUUUCAGAAUGUGCAACUGUGCCAUUGAAGUCAUAUGUAAGCUUUUUGCCAGUACUUUAUGAUUAAAUUAUUAUUCAACAUGUUUAUAGCUGGGCUCGGUUCUUGCUAUUAAUCAGGGAUUUCUGCCCAAAGGAAUACAGUUUCCUCAGGGCACAUGUAGGCAGCAUUUCGGCCUUUUCAUAGAUUUGUACAAUAACAUGGAAAAGGAACUGCGUGUCGAGCACUUUGAGCAGACAGGAAAAGAGCUGUGUUAAGAGUCCCCACUUUACUUAAGUACUGAUUUUUAAAACAGAAUAAUAGAAUUGAAAUAUGGGUUGUUCUCAUGUUCCAUCCUUGGAGACAUGGAUUGUGUGAAUAAUGCUACUAGGGGAAUUUUCAUGUCGCCUCAUGUUCCUUGCAUGAUUUUCCAUGCUAUCCCAAUGCUGGACCCCUAGACACAACUGGCCAGAAUGAGCCAGGUGAUGCUCCCUGGCCCCUGUAGAAGCUUUCAGGCCAAAUUUACUUGCUGGUCUGAGAAUUUAGGAGACAACUCCCUGACUGUAUAUAGAAUUGACUUUGUUUGGUAUUCCUUGUCCUUUGCUGUCCCUGAAGCUCCUCGUGAACAAGGUUCUGACCAGGUUCCAAGCAGGUGAGGUUGGGUUAUCAUAGUUUCAAAAUCUCAUUUUCCAAGCUGUGCACUUUACCUACUCUUGGAUCAAAGCUGAGUUUCUGAUAGAGCACAAAUUAAGUGCAGGAGGAUAGCAAGGAAAAAUAAGCAAUUCUUCUCUACUGCCUGCCUCCUCACCUUUCUGAAUUAAUUGUAUCAUGCCCCAUAGUGACCGGGCAGGUAAUCCAUAAGCCAAAAUGUAUAAUUUUGAGACAAUAGCCAACUAAAAGGGUGUACAUCCUAAACGGCCUCGGCCCAGUAUACCUGAAGGAGCGUCUCCACCCCCAUUGUUUUGCCCGGACGCGGAGGUCCAGCGCCGAGGGCCUUCUGGCGGUUCCUUCAUUGCGAGAAGCAAAGCUGUAGGGAACCAGGCAGAGGGCCUUCUUGGUAGUGGCGCCCGCCCUGUGGAACGCCCUCCCAUCAGAUGUCAAAGCGAUAAACAACUACCUGACAUUCAGAAGACAUCUUAAGACAGCCCUGUUCAGGGAAGUUUUUAAUGUGUGACAUUUUAGUGUAUUUUUGGUCUCUGUGGAAGCCGCCCAGAGUGGCUGGGGAAACCCAGCCAGAUGGGCGGGGUACAAAUAAUAAUAAAUUAUUAUUAUUAUUAUUAUUAUUACAUCCUAAACUUUUGAGAAAACGAUAACAGUUCUUCAGUUCUGUGUAUCUAGUUUCCAUCCUCACUCCUCUGCCCUGCCAAAAAAAUGAUACAGAAAUGAACAAUGAGAGAGAGUCUCUCAUGGUCAUACUUUGCCCCUAAAAAUGUGUUGGGAAAGCUUGUUUUCAUUCUUAGGAUUAUUAUAUUUCAUUAAUUUGAGCACUGUUCAUUUUGGUACUUGGUAGCAAUUAUCUGAUGGAUUUUUUCCUUAAACUCAAAAGUGUUGCAGUUAAUUUUUUUUAAUUAUAUCAUAAAGCCGAAAAGGUCUGGAAGAUCACUUUAAUCUAUUCCAUUUCGUGUCUUCAGUUUUGUACCCCAUAACCACACGCUGCAUAAAAUCCACGAUAUCCAGAUGACCAAGUGUGGACCAAGUAGAGAACAAAGAGGGAAAACCUGAGCACUUCAAAUAAUAAUUCAGUAAAAACAGAGGCAUGGUCUGUUUUCCCUUUUAAACCAACACUAUUACUUUCUGGCUUAUGGUCCUAUGCAGAGUUGCUUUAAAUCUCACUGUUUUGAAUGGAAUUUCUGUGAAAGCAACUGUGUGCGGGAAGAUUAGCAUAUAUUAUGAGUUUUUGUUUUGUUUUGUUACUUUGUUAUAAGCACUGAGAAAAAAUGGGCUCGUUUUGCUGUUUAAUUGUAGCAGCUGACAAAUGACUGUUUCAGUGGAGCUUGUUGAACAUCUGGAAAGCCAUGCUCUUUUAAUUCAUUUUACAGUCCCACCUGUGUCUUAAAAUGUACAGCUGUGUAAUUAUGAGUAAGCACCAAGCGUUUAGUGGAGCUGGUAAUUUUGGAUGACUUUGGAACCGUCUUUUUUUGGGUGCACAAAAGACUUAUAUAACAUCUAAACCAGAGCUUUCCAAAUUGUGUGUUGCGACACGUUAGUGUGCCGACUGCAGUAUAUAGGUGUGUCACACGAAUGCUCCCUGCGUUCCUCCCAGGCCUGGAAAGGGGUUAGUUUCACCUGCAGUUUGCUAGUAAAACUGAAUUACCGUGUCGCGAAAUGAUGCAUAUCUAAAAAGCGUGUCACCGACAUGAAAAGUUUGGAAAGCUCUGAUCUAAACACUUGAGUAUCCCUUUUCUGGGGCUUCCCCUUUUAUUUCUUUGUUACUCUUACAUCUUCCCUUUUUCCUCUACUGGAGAGCCAAUACAGUGGUACCUUGGGUUACAUACGCUUCAGGUUACAUACGCUUCAGGUUACAGACUCCGCUAACCCAGAAAUAGUAUCUCGGGUUAAGAACUUUGUGUCAGGAUGAAAACAGAAAUCGUGCUCCGGCGGCGCGGCGGCAGCGGGAGGCCCCAUUAGCUAAAGUGGUGCUUUAGGUUAAGCACAGUUUCAGGUUAAGAACGGACCUCCGGAACGAAUUAAGUACUUAACCCGAGGUACCACUGUACGAUUCAAAAUAAAGUUGUUCAAUAGAUCCAGACAGCUUCCAGGGGGCUUGCGGAGUGAAAGUCAUCCUGCUUUUACUGUGAACACUGCAAUUAUGGCUUUCCAGGGCCCAGCAAAAUUGUUGGCUUUGGAAAACUGAAUUCAAUUUCCAACUUGGCCCUGAAAUUCAUUGUAUAACUUUAUCAGGCUAUGGCCUUUGGCCUGGUUUGGAUGUACCAACACUUUCCACGUAUCUGAUCAGGCAUGGUUAUGCAUACCACACUGGUUCCAGAUUGGGAGGUUGGGCAUUUAAAUCCUAAAUCCAGCAGAGGCCCGCUAGACUACCGCAGCUCCCCUUUCCACUUUACGCAAAGUAUCUGACUUGCCUUUCCCAUCUUUUCCAUGUUAGAAGAUCCUGUUGAGGCCCCCCAAAUCCCUGAGCCAGCACUGCAGGUAUUGUGUCCUAGUGACAAUUCACACAAGCACAGUGCUCCAAUAUUGAUGUUUUAAGCCUGACACACAUACAAGUUGCUGCCAAGUUCCUGUUGGUUGUAUUACUACUUCCGCACAGCUGUACCUUGCUCUAUGAAGAGCCAUUGAAUGUCUUAAUCAGGUGAAUGGCCUUUCAGUACUUCAUCCUAUUAAAUAAUAGUCGCCUUUCUUGCAGGAUUGUGAUGAGUUUGAGUAAAAUAAGGAAAGCUUUCUGAGCUGACAUUGGGGAGUGGGCAGGGUGGUAAUAAAAGUCAUAGUCUUCUUCAGUUGUCUGGUUAGUUUCAAGGGUGGAAUGCCUCAAAACCUAUAGGAGCCUCUUAUUUUGCAUUCACAUAGAAACAUUUAUGGGCAGAUACUAGUAUCAGAGGAUGGACACGAGCUGAAUUAAAACAUCUCUCCAGCCCAAAUGCCUUUCUAGUGUAAGAACAGUAUACAGUUCUGGUAAUGAGAGAGCUUUGAUCAAGCAUAUACUGUAUUUUAUCCAGGCUUUGCCAGUGAGGUUAGAUUAGGUUUUGUAGAAUCUGCUAUUCAUAUGCACACUUAAAAGUCAGUGUGUGUGUGUGUGUGUGUGUUCAGUAUGUUCUGUAGAAGCUUCCAGUAAUUGAAUCUAGGUUAGCUGAAUAUCUGAAUUCAGUUGUUUCCACCCCCAGUAGCCUCUGUCUCUUCAUGACGGUAUAUUGAAUAGCAUUUCAAGCAUCCAACUAGCCUUCCAAGUGCUACCCAAGCACCCAGUAAUACAGAUGCAUAAAGAUGUCCCUUGAGCCAUUUGGGUAAAUUAGGUUGUAUUACAACCUCAGAACACUUUAGCGUAACUAGUAUAACACCGCUGAGGAGAUAGUAUCGAUUGCCUGUGAGCGUUUAGAGCUUUUAUUAGAGGCUGAGCUAAGCUUAAUGGAUUUCCCCACCCCUUUUCUAGGUAUCAAAGCAAGCCAAAGAGUUCCUGGAAUAUGUCUAUGAAGAGCCCCUGAUUGACAUCCAGCAGGAAAACCCGAUGCUGUAUAGACAUGUUGAGCCACUGACAACGGUGGUCCGUCUGAGACAGCAGCUGAAAUCCCUCCGAGCCUAUUUGUUCAGCUGCAGAGCAGCAGUGGCCGAAGACCUGCGAAGGAGGUAGGAAGAAGGGGUAUCAGGCAAGCUUCCUCGGGGCUCCCUUCCCCUGUUUGUCUGUCUCUCACUUCCUCUUCUCGGUUCCCAUGACCUAGCAAUUAAAGUGCGGCCCGUUGUGUCUGCCUACUCGUUGUAACUAGAUACUUCCCAUGCAACUGGAUGGUCCACGGCCUUAACAUAUCUCUGAUUCACCAGCGCUUCUCUUAAGGAUAUUGGGAAGAGAGCGGCUCCGUAAACUGACAGCCUUACAGCAGGAAUGGUUUUCUGUGCAGCAGAUGUAAACUUAGCAGUCAUUGCAUGCCAAUUAGAGAGCAAUAGAAUAUGCAGGCUUUGGAACAAGUUACAUACAUACAAGGCAUAUGGAACUGACUCGCUGUGUCAGAUCAUUAAUCCAACUAGUCUCACAUGGUGUAUUCUGACCUUGCUGUAAUUCUCCAAGAUCGCCAUUUUCCCCUGCCCUGCCACAUGAGAUCCUUUGCAACUCUAGAUGCCUGGGAUUGAGCCUGGCAAUGCUUCAUGCAGACCAUGUGCUGUGACACUGAACUGCACCAAAACACCACACUUUGAGCACAUGAGCAUGGCUGUUAUUUUGGCUAGUGCUGCUACUGCUGGAAGGGUUCCCACUCAGCUGGGGUUUGUGCAUUUGCAGAGGCAUUUCAGUGAUGCGUCUGAAAUAUAAUUGCCACUGGGCAAUCCAGCAAUAGCUCUUAGCAUCCCAGGGGAACUGCAUUUAAAGUCCUGUGGUUUGGAGUCACCUACUGCCCGACUUUUCCUCCCCCAUCCAUCACCGAGGUCGGUGCCUCAGGCAGAGCAAGGAACAGGGUAAGGCCUGCUGUUGAAAUGGUGCCCUCCUCCUCCUCUGAACUGAACGCAGCUUACAAGGCCUAAGAAGGAGGGAAGGGAAGUUCAGACUUGUACCCACGCAACAAACCCCAGAAACUAUUUGUUUCUUUUGUCUCAUGGAGUUCACUGGAAAUAAUUAAGAGCCAAGGAAGCCAAAAACUGGAACUGUACCUUGGUUCUGUCUCUUGGUCACACUGUGGUGUGCCAGAAUGUGGGGGGUGGGGGUGGGGUGGGGUGGCCAGAACACAAUAAUGUGGAUUUGCUUUCAUAUAAAUAGAUGAUUCCCUGCUAUCCUCCCUAAAUUGUGCCCUGUUGCAGGGUAGGGGAAGAAAGACAAUUGACACCUGCUUGUUUUGCCAGUAAUGAAAGGGAAGUGAUCUUUGCCAUUCAGGAGAUAACCUGUGUCGGUGCCUUGGUUCAAAAUGUCAAGAACAGCUAAGGGGAGUCGUCAGUGUCAGGAAGGUGGGGGAUGCUGGUAACCACAUUCCUGUUUAAGUGUGUGUUGCGGGGACUGAACGGAGCUUUUUCUUUCUUUUAAAUAAAAGAUCUGCAACUUUGUAAGGAGGGUGCACGUAAUGCUUUACAAAUUAUUGCCUUGCCCUUACACACGCAUCCACAAGCGACAUUAUCUUCUGCUUUUUUCCUUUCCUUCAUUUUGUAAUACUGGUAAUAGUGCCUCUUUCAAUUAGUAUGAAGGCAGGAUGGCUUAUGGAGGGUGCAGUUCAGAAAAAGAUGUCGGAGAAAGAAAUUACUGCUUUUGAUUAACACCAAAGGGGGAAAAAAAUAAAAGAAUGUUCUGAUUAAAAUAAAGAGGCAGGGAGGGCUGAACCAAGUCAAUGAAGAGAGUCGGAGAAAAGAGAUCAAAGGAAACAAAGAGAGAAAAGCAACAGGGCCUGGAGACAUGGGGCAGAGAGGGGAAGGUGAGGAUGCUGGCUGCGGAUGAAGAGCCAGAGCUGAUGGGAAAAGGUGAUGGAAAAGGGGCCAGGAGAAGCUGUGAAGAGGCAUUCAGGAGAGCACAGGAACAAAAGCAAACCUGAGAAAAUAAGAACCGCUGGGAGCUACAAAGUGCCCAAACAAAGGAGGAUUAGAGGCGGAGGAAGAAGCAGUCGCGUGGACAUAGUGCUGGAGGCAGGGAGGGUGAAGUUGGGAUGUGGUUUUCGGGGGCUUCCAAGAACUGAAAAUAUCAAAUUGUUAUCAACGUUGGGGGAAAGUAGCAUUGCAGCAUAGCCCGUUGGGGUAAGACGUGGUAGGCACAUGGAAUGAUGCUGCCAAUAAAAUCAGCGGGAAGAAAAAAUUAUUUUAAAAGGUUUCCAAUGGGCUAAAUUAAAAGGUGUUUGAGUAACAGAACAUAGCUUAAUUUUAUCUUGUCGUCAGGUCAGCUUGGAUUAACCUUCGACUAUAAAACCAUAUUGGUAGCGACAAUUCUCUGAACACAGUCUGCCAUGCCCUCAAACCUCAUAACAAUUCUCAUCAUGAGGAUAAAUCCUUUUCCCUUUCUCCAUCUUUUUGUUCAUGGUGUGAGCCUCACUCUGUGUGUGUGUGUGUGUUUUAACCUCAUUAUUUUGUGUGUGUGUGCAAGAUUUUAUCACACUUCCUAGUUUCUUGUUCUGCGAACGAAAACCUUGCCAGUGAUUAUCCACUAUGUUAUUUCCUAUUUUGUAGCCCUUAUUUGUAACACAAUCGCCAUUUCUACAGAACGUGAGGUAAUCCAGGAGUUUGUUUUUUCAUGGUUAAAUUAUUACCCACCCCGUUCCCACUUAUUCCUCGUUUCAGUUAUGUGAAAAACCAGCAGCUCUGAGAACACCAUCUUGAAGUCCUGUCAGUGUGGUAUAAACAAGCUGAAACAAAACUGUUAAUAGGGCCGUCCAGAGAGAACUAAGAGCGGACUGAUUAAUCACGAUGGCACCCUGUUGCUUUUACAGCAUGGAUAGCCUUUCUUCUGAGGGAAAGAGAAGAGUCUGCUCCUGUUUUUCUUCUGGUUUUCAUUACUAUCCAUGCUUGUGUGUUAAAAUGCACAAGGGUAUUUCUAAUAAUAAUAAUAAUAAUUUUUGAUUUGAUUUGUAUACCACCCUUCAUUCAAAGAUCCCAGGGCAGUUCACAACAGAAAAUGUGGGGAAAUGGCUGCCAAAUCUGUGCGCUGGAGUUGCAGUUUAUUUCCGAAGCAACUAUAGCCUAACAUGUAGGACAACGAAAAGAAAUCUUGGAGUUCUCUGUGUUCCCUUUGAACAAAGUAGUAUUUACGGUGAUUUAUCAGAUCACUUUUCUUGAUUAUUCCCGGGUGCUUGUUGCAUCGGCUAUUUAAAUAAAGGCUAAGAUUAUUACAGUGGUACCUCGGGUUACAUACGCUUCAGGUUACAGACUCCGCUAACCCAGAAAUAGUGCUUCAGGUUAAGAACUUUGCUUCAGGAUGAGAACAGAAAUUGUGCUCUUACAGCGCGGCAGCAGCAGGAGGCUAAAGUGGUGCUUCAGGUUAAGAACAGUUUCAGGUUAAGUACGGACUUCCGGAACGAAUUAAGUACUUAACCCGAGGUACAGUGGUGCCUUGCAAGACGAAAUUAAUUCGUUCCACGAGUUUUUUCGUCUUGCGGUUUUUUCGUCUUGCGAAGCACGGUGUCGGAAAAGUUUUGGAAAAGCUUCAAAAACCACCAAAGUCUUCAAAAACCUCAAAAAAGGCUACCACACCGCGUGCUAUGAGUUGCUCCUCGAAGUCAAGUCGCAACUGUAUUAAUGGUUUUAAGAAAAAGGAAACAAACUUGCAAGACGUUUCCGUCUUGCGAAGCAAGCCCAUAGGGAAAAUCGUCUUGCGAAGCAACUCAAAAAACCAAAAACCCUUUCGUCUUGCGAGUUUUCCGUCUUGUGAGGCCUUCGUCUUGCGAGGUACCACUGUACCACUGUACAGAAACAGAAGUGCUUUGCAAAAAAAAAAAAGGGAAUAGCUUGAGUUUGAGUGCAUCCUGCUGCAUUGUCACAGUCCGUAACAUCUGACCCUAGAGAGGCCAUGGCGCUUGUCAGCUCUGAUGGACUGGUGGUUUCUCGCUUAACUUUAUCCAGUACAAUAGAGCUAUCUAGAAGCAAUGUGCCAUUUCUGGGGGCCCUUUGGCCCUCGGUGGGCCUUUUCUCUCAAUAGUUUCUCCAGGAAAAGUGGCACAACAUUGCAGCGGCCUUGGUAGGAGCAAAGUGGAAGUGUUAGCCAACAGUAACAGCAGAGCUAUGUGAUUCUCCUUCACGUCAUGGCAACUUGGAACCACCACCAGAAGUGGUCUCUCUCGAAGUAGCUCCAAAAGAGUUCAUAUUUAAGAUUCCCUUUUAAUUUCCUACUUGGUAAUGCAAUCACAGAUGGUUUUUCAAAACGUUUUCAUUUCGCUUUUAUAGCAAAAGUUGUAAUAAGCAGAAAAACAACAACCCAUCAACCAAGAUUUGUGUUAUUGACCAAUGGUUAAGAGGGAGAUGGAUGGUGAAAGAUGGAAGAUUACAACACAAUUAAUACCACAAAUCAAGUAUGUGUAUCUGGUCAAAAUAAGGAACGUGAGGCUGAAGUGGUAUUUGCUUUUAAUAUAAUAAGAAUAAGAAUAUAUUUAUACCCUGCCCACCUGGCUGGGUUUCCCCAGCCACUCUGGGCAGCUCCCAACAGAAUCUUAAAAACACAAUAAAACAUCAUACAUUGAAAACUUCCCUAAACAGCAGGGUUUUUUGGGUUUUUGUAAUUUUAUUUUAGCUAUUGUGAUUUAUGUGGAAUAUGUUCAGUUUGUGUAUUUUUAAAAUGUUUUAAUUGUUUGUGACUACUUUUGCUAUGUAGAAUGCUGAAAGCCACCUGUGGCACGGUUUGCACUGUGGAAAAGCGGAUACAGAUAAAAUUAUGUAUGUAUGUAAUUGAUUUGCUAUGGUGAGUUGGUUUCUCAGCCAGAGCAAUUUGCCAGGUCCUCCCAAACCAUUCUUGGCCUUCAAGUCUCUCCAUCUCACCCACAGGACUUUUUUCACACAACAACAUUCCACUCACAAGUAUGUCCUGCCCUGCAUGUAUGUACAAACAUGUUACAUGGAUUGGUAAUAACAUCAUAGGUGAAUUUAUUUUAUGGUACACAAGCACCAUAUAUAGGCAAGUUGACUGGCUUUCCUAAAAGGACCACUUAGAAUCUGGGAUUUCACAAACUUGCAGGUCUGUCCAUGUUGAAAAUUUGCAUAAGGCAUUUUCAAGUUCAUACUCUCCACAGGAGCAGCUCCUGGAAAUCUGUCGCCCCAAAUUUCCAAAACUGCAGAUUUUGAAAUAAUAGGUGACAUUAAAAUCAUGGGACUCUAGAAAUGCUAUAUUUGUUGCAGGACUGACGUAACACAGCUUUCCAAAAACCAGCUUUAAAUGGCAUGUAGAAUUUCUUAUAAGAUUGCUAAAAUUGCUGCAUGACAAAGGAGAUAAUGGCAUUGAUCAUAUUUUAGAAGAGAUUUUAGAAAACAGUGGAUAUUAGAAAAUGACAAAUGCCCCUUUUCUUUCAUAAGAGAUUGCCUUUUUAAAAAAUCCCACUGAGAUUCAAAAUUGUUUUCACUUGCAGAAGCAUUGCUUGAAAAAUUGGCUCUACCUAUGUCCAGCCUAUAUUUAUCACUUUAGGAAAAGCUUGCAGCAAUCUUUUAAAGUGCACCUGCAGAAACAGCAACUGCCUCUGUGGCAAAGUAGAUGAAAGGUUAGCCUUUUAAAUACUUCCUGCUCAGUACUUCAUUUUUCAGAUAUACAGAAACAAGAUCACUAAAAGAUGUUUCUGAACAACCAAUUAUAUUCUGAAUUGCAAAUAUUCAAAAUGUAAAACAGCACUGCAGUAUUAAAAAAAAUAAAUGAUGGAGCCAACUCAGAACAAAAUAAACUAGCUCAGUAUAAAUCUUAUUAGCCAAGUCUGCAUAGGUUUCUACUUCACCUUCACUUAACUUAUUGCUCUGAGGGCCUUCUGGCAAUUUCAUCACUGCAAAAAGAGGGGUUCCAGGUUCCUUCUUGGUAGUGGUGUGUGCCUUCCCAUCAGAUAUCAAACAGAUAAGCAAGUGUAUUACUUUUAGGAGACAUCUGAAGGCAGCCGGGCGUAGGGAAGUUUUUUUAUGUUGUUUUAUUGUGUUUUUAUAUUUUUUGGAAGCUGCCCAGAGUGGCUGGGGCAAGCCAUUCAGAUGGGUGGCAUAUAAAUAUGAUGGUGAUGAUGAUGAUUAAGCAGUUCUGUGUUAUAACUACUUUGCUUUCUGGAUUCACUUUGUUGACAUUGACAUUUCAUUUUUGUGCAGACCUCUUCUUUAGAUUAUUUGCUUUUUUUGCCAAAAUGUUUAAUACAAUAAUCUUUUUUUAAAAGCAAGAACAAGUAAGCUACACAGAAGAGGUGGGGAAGGGGCUUCCAGCAGCCACAUCUUAAGAGCCUUUUGGUCAUCUUAGGAUGCAAUUCACCGGCAUAGCCUGGUGCUUCUUUUUCACUCUAAAGUUGUUUGUCUGGCAAGAGGGCGGGGGAAGCAGCUGGGCAGCUCUGUUUCAGUUGUCCAGCACAGAAACAAAAUCAGUUUGCACUGCUGCAGGACAAUCGAGUCUAUAGGACUGAACAGUCAGACAGAUUUUUUAAAGGAUCUGGGCUUAAAUUUACUCUAGACAUAAACUUCUAAAAGUGGGUAGAUCAAGAGCAGCACUAUUUGUUCUGAAAGAAAAUGGCACUUGAUCAAACUGUUUUUUGCAUACAGUAGUACAGUCGUACCUUGGUUCUCGAACGCCUUGGUACUCAUACGCUUUGGCUCCCAUACACCGAAAACCUAGAAGUAAGUGUUCCAGUUUUCGAACAUUUUUUGGAAGCCAAAUGUCCGACACGGCUUCCACUUGAGUGCGAGAAGCUCCUGCAGCCAAUCGGAAGCCACGCCUUAGUUUUCAAAUAGUUUCGGGAGUCGAACGGACUUCUGGAACACAUAAUAUUUGAGAACCAAGGUAUUUGAAUCCUUUUCUUAUAUAUCCUCAUAAGAACAGUUCCUUGAUUUAUGCCCACCUGCCUCGAUUUCAUUGAGCUGCAGACUGUGAACUUCAGAAUUUACUCUGCGCUUAUCACUUUUGUACUUUGGCUUUUUGCAUAGGUCUUAGGCAGGUCUGUUUGCAGUUGUUUUAGCCGAGCUGUCAGAGUGCUUAAUUCAGUGCAGAAAAAUUACUCUGAGCUGAUGACAAAUCAUCUCUUAAAUGCCUUCGGACAGUGUUUAUUCUUAACAAAGGGACAUAGCUACAAACCCUGCAACUUCGCCCUAAAUGCAGAAAACAAAGCCUUAUCUUGGGUUCUGUUUACAGUCAAAAAGUCACAGAUAACCUUUUGUUUGUGCAGAUACAUCCCUGAUAAGGCUGAGAGCCAAGGAUGGAUGAAAUGUCUGGUUCUAUCUUGCACAAUUGUCAUGCUUCAAACUAAUUGCCAGUGAAAAAGAAAUGGAAACACACGAGAAACUGCCCACGGUGCCCAAGUUCCUUACUUAGAUGUAGUGUUUCUAAUCCCACCCUGAACCAACAGGCAAAAGCCUACAUUUCUAUUUCUGUCACUUCUUAAGUUGUUCACCCAGAAGAGGCUUCACCUUUUCUUCCUCCCCCCCCCCCUUUUUUUUAAAAAAAAGGAAUUCCCACCAUUCCAUCUUAAAAGUAAGGUUCAAGUUGCUUCCAGACGGAAGCCGCCUCCUUUUCCCUUUUUGGUGGCUUGCAAAACUACAGUGCCCAUUCCAUGCAAUGAUGAAGCUUUUAUUUACCAUAUUUUUCACUCUAUAAGACGCACCAGACCACAAGACGCACCUAGUUUUUGGAGGAGCAAAACAAGCAAAAAAAAUAUUCUGAAUCUCAGAAGCCAAAACAGCAAGAGGGAUCGCUAUGCAGUGAAAGCAGCAAUCCCUCUUGCUGUUCUGGCUUCUGGGAUAACUGUGCAGCCUGCAUUCGCUCUAUAAGACGCACACACAUUUCCCCUUACUUUUUAGGAGGGAAAAAGUGAGUCUUAUAGAGCAAAAAAUACGGUAUUUCUUUUUGUUUGAUUGAACUAUUUUCUGUCCACACCAGCGGACAGAUUGCGAUGGGAUGUGUCUGGAAUUCAGAGUACACAUCCCCAUCACCAAACCUCCUUCUGAGAAGGGAAAAGCUCUCUGUGUGUUUAAAGGUUGUGUGGUUGUAGGUUUGGGCGCACACCCCUUUCCAACAGCUGUAAUGUGGUCUUCAGGUUCUCCACAUCUGCCCUAAGUAAACAAACCAACGUCCUUAACCCUGAAGUCUUGGAAUGAUUGAAACAGCUUUGGCUUGCACCAUUUUUAUUGUUGUUCUUAAUGUAUUGGUGUUGCCUUCCAUUGUUGUUGCUGAGAAUAUUGCAUCCCACUGACGUUUCACCUUUAGGCUGCAGUUAUAUACACACUGUGAGUAAGUCAUAUUGAACUCAGUGGGGCUUAUGUCUGAGUAAAGCAUUGCCGUGCCCAUCUGCACCUUUUUAUUAUUGUUAUGUAUUUAUUGAAUAAAUAUCCUGCCUUUCCUCCCAAAGGAACCCAGAGGCACAACCUCUGCUGGCUCCCUGCUGCGGUGAUUUUUGUUUCAGUCUUCUUUUAUAUUUCUCAAAGCGUUUCAAAAAAUCUGUGCCAAAGUUGCAGCAAAGGAGGAACAUUCGUUUAAGCGUGCUGGUUCUUCUUCUAAACCAAACUAUUUUGCAAUGCAGUUUUUCCCCCAAGAUCUAAACUGAUUUCUCAAUGUGAAUAAAUGACAAUGUUUGUUGGUGCUUCUUCAAAGAAAAUAUUGCGCUGAACUAGAUGUCCUGGCUGAAUUGACCUCCAUCUGACUGUGCAGAUGUUCAUAAGGUUGCCUUUAAAGCACUCAGACCCUGGAUGCAACUGGUUCCAUCCAUUAGGCACAUGAUCUUAGUGCCACUGAGUGCCUUAUGCUCUCUUUGAUUUUGACGAGGAGAGCUUCUUAAUGCACUUGGAGUGCUGUCAUCAGAAGUAGGCUUUGGCUAUUCUGCUGCUCCCUUCCAUUGCAAAUGAACAAGACCUGUUUCUGCAGUAAUAGGAGUUUUGUUUAAAAUAAAAAGUCAACAAAAUUGGGCAGACCUUAUUUUUAAGGCUUCUUCCCUGUCCCAGUUUCCAUGGCAAUGGGAAUAAGUGUGCUUUUCUUAUGGUUUCUCACUUACUGGUCAUGUGCUUUGUUGCUUCCAAUAUGUCUUUGUUGCGUUUCAUCCUUGAUAGAGUACUUUCUUAUGGAACCAAAAAAGGUGGGAUAUCUUUUGACGUCUCUGCCAAUGUCACUUUGAGAAGCUGCUUUCAUAGCAUAUUUGCCCCAAACAUAUGUGUGUGUGUGUGUGUUAUAUUUGAACAAUAUUUCCAACUCUCCUUUCCUGGGUAUGAUUGAUAGAUUUAGACAUAACUACUUUUGAAUCUGGGAUGUUUUUCUUCAUCAAGAAGUACAUUGUUCUUAUUUUUGCAGUGGUAAAAACCUAGGAUGAACUUCUAUGUCUGAGUGGCUAGGGAAACCCAAGCCAGAUGGGCGGGGUAUAAAUGAUAAAUUGUUGUUGUUGUUGUUGUUGUUGUAGCAGUUUACAAUCAUAAAGUGAAUCGUAUGUCCCUAACAAAAUUUUAUAUUUGUCAUUUGAAUGUUAUUAACGUUGUUAGAGAACCAUGUCUUGUCAAGAAACUAUUCAGAGAAAAAGGAGGCAAAACCAACAGACAUGUGGCACAGUGCUAUUUUUCUAGAAAAAGAGGUGCCCAAACUCACCAUGAAUGCCCCCCCCCCAAAGCGUUCUCUUAUAAUAGCAAUGGUGCCCACCUGAGAGGUGCUGAAACUGAGUUCCGGCUGGGAAAGAAAGCCCUGUAUGUGGGCAUAUACAAAACGACAGAUCUGUUAAGAUGCCACUGUUACUUCUCAAUUUAAAAUGAGGUCAUUUGGUUUUUAGUUUAAAGGUGUGUGGAAUUUUGUGAAUGGGUAAAAAUCUUUAAUAUUCAGCACUAAAAAAACAACAACAACCAGUCUCUAGGAUGGUUCAGAUUUUGUGCCAGUCUUUCUCCAAACUUUGGGAUAAAAUGGAAAUGACAGGGUUCUAGAAGAUGCAGCUGGAACCACCUGUAGAGGCAUGUUUUUCCUCUGCAGUCUUCAUCCUGUGGUCUGUGAUCAUACCGUGUGCCAGCCAGUUUUAAAGAAGACCUUCCUUUGUGAGAAGGAAAUGGUAGGCCUGCAGGAAAUGCUGUGGUCAGUGAAAGUAAUGCAGAUGCUCUGAAUACUGUUUUAAAAAAAUUGGGAUGAUGGUGGAAGGGUGUUUUUUUCUCAUGGAUGUUGAAGAAUUCAGUGUUUUAAUACAGUGGUGCCUCGCAAGACGAAAUUAAUUCGUUCCGCGAGUUUUUUCGUCUUGCGGUUUUUUUCGUCUUGCCAAGCACGGUAUCGGAAAAGUUUUGGAAAAGCUUCAAAAAUCACCAAAGUCUUCAAAAACCUCAAAAAAGGCUACCACACUGCGUUCUAUGAGUUGCUCCUCGAAGUCAAGUCGCAACUGUAUUAACGGUGUUAAGAAAAAGGAAACAAACUUGCAAGACGUUUCCAUCUUGCGAAGCAAGCCCAUAGGGAAAAUCGUCUUGCGAAGCAACUCAAAAAACCAAAAACCCUUUCGUUUUGCGAGUUUUCCGUCUUGCGAGGCAUUCGUCUUGCGAGGUACCACUGCAUCGUCUUACAAGAAGUUUCUGUAUGAGAUUUUGUACUCUGAAAAUUAUACAAAUACUCACUUUUUAUUCUUGUUUUUCACCAAGAAUUUUCCCUAGAGAGUAUCUUCUUCAGCAGAUCCACCUGUACUCCUUGGCAGACCUACAGCAGGUAAUUGAAUUUAGUUUCUCCAGAAGCUGGGCCUUAUUCAUACUGUGAAUACAGAUUUUGUCAAGCUAUGUCUUGGUGAGCCUUUCCAGACCAAGAAGCCUUCCUAAAUGGUAACUCAGAGAAAUGCCUUAAUCAUAGAUUGCUUAAGAGCCAGUGUGGUGUAGUGGUUAAGAGCGGUGGACUCGUAAUCUGGUGAACCGGGUUCGCGUCUCCGCUCCUCCACAUGCAGCUGCUGGGUGACCUUGGGCCAGUCACACUUCUUUGAAGUCUCUCAGCCUCACUCAUCUCAGAGUGUUUGUUGUGGGGGAAGAAGGGAAAGGAGAAUGUUAGCCGCUUUGAGACUCCUUUGGGUAGUGAUAAAGCGGGAUAUCAAAUCCAAACUCUUCUCUUCUUAUCUAUAACCAGAAUAUCAGUGAUGAUGAUUUAUUGCCAUUAAUGCAGUUAAUGGCAGAUGAGCUGAUACCUUUUAUGUCCUUAACCGGAAUAAAGCCUACAUGGAUGUAAAGAUACAGGGCAAAGGAUCUCGUACAUUUUGUUAGAAGCUCAUGAAUGAGAGCCGAUAUAAGUGGUUAAGGGGUUAUCUGUGAGCCAAGAAGACCCCAGUUUAAAUCUGACUUAAUCUAUGAAUUCCAUAAAUGACCUUAAAUGGGCCAUGCUUCUGUCAGGCUCAGAACACCACCUGUAAGUUAGAGAUUUAAAAUACUAGUCUAGCUUACAUUGCUAUUGUAAAGAUUUCAUGUGUGUGAACUGAUUUUGAAUGUUCCAAAAGCAUUACAUAAAAUGCUUUAAUGAAUAAUCAUUAAAUGCUGUUGAGCGCCUGUAUCGCGGAAGUGACUUGUCUGCUUGCGGAGUUGUGAGAUAGGAACAAGCAAACCGGUUCAAGGGAAAAGCCAAAGAGCAGAGGUCUUCGUGAAGCUUUUUGUAAGUGCCUUGUUCUUCAGAUAAUCAAACUGCAGAAGAGCAAGUGGCCUAAACUUGGGGUGUCAGUCUCCCCAGUUGCCGGUUUCGUAAUCUCCAAUGCCUUGCAAGCUGCUUAGCGCCAAAUAUUGAUAGCGGACUUUCAAGAAGUGAUCAGUAGCUUAUCAAACUUUCCUUGGGAGGGAUGGAGGCUUGCAAGAGUCAUACUGCACGCAUUUAUUUAGCUGCUACUCUGACAGAUUUCUUUGUCCUGAUAUACAUUUACAUUAUUUCCUUCCCUUUCUGCACCCCAGACCUUUCAUCAUGUAAUUCAAUUACAGUUGUGGCUCGGGUGCGUUAAAUUGGAUUCUGCUUUUAAUCCGGCUGGAUCCUUAUUAUCAGCCCAGAAAGUCUCUCUCUCACUCUCUCCUUCCCCCUCCACAAUUUCCUUUCUUCUUAAGUGAGAAAACAGGCCAUGCCAUUUCAGUCAAAAUGGUGAAAUGAUAAGGUUGGAAGAAGAUCAGGACCCUUUAGCAUAGCUGUCAACUUUCCCCUUUUCUUGCGAGGAAUCCUAUUUGGAAUAAGGGAAUUUCCCUUAAAAAAAGGGAAACGUUGACAGCUAUGCCCUUUAGGUGCUCUUAGUGAUGCCCUAGCCAGAUCCUUAUUCAGGAAGUGUGACAUUCUUGAUUUGUCUAACAUCCAUGGGACCCAAAUCAGUGUACAUGUGGUUCCCAGGAAGUCUCACAUCCAGGCACUGAUCACCCCUAGACCUGCUUACCUUGAGCAAAAUGCCUCAUGUUCCUUGAAACCAUAUCCCUGGAAGAAAAUCAGUUUGAAUGGAUUCUAUUAGAAAAGAAGUGUAUCUAGGCACUGUGGUCAUCUGCAAGGGAUUCUCACGUGGCAGGGUUAAUGUUGCCAGUCUUUAUGUCAUGUUUGCAGACACCUGUAUAACUCAUAGUUGGUCUGCCAACAGGUCUGGUGCCUGAUGCUAGCACUCCAUAAUGCACAUGAAUUUAGGCUGCAGUCCUAAACCCGCUUACCUUGAAGAAAGCCCCAUUUAGCUCAGUGCGAGCAGCUUCUGAUUAGGCUUGUCCUGCUAAUAAAUGAUAAACCGUGUUUACUUAGGAGUAAGUCACAUUGAGUUGAAUCGGGCUUACUCCCAGGUAAUAGUAACGCUGCUUUCCAUGCAUUUGCACAUGGUGAACCUUGUUGAACAAACCUUGUAUUAGCUGUACGCCACACAUUGGUUCCAUUUUAGUACCAAGAAAACUAGCUUUUCCUUGUACCAGUGGAAUUGUGUGAAUGCAAUAUGCAAGGUGGCUUUAAAAGCUGCUGAAUGGACAGGUGUUUUGCCCCAGGUGGUGGUUGUUGCAGUGUAAUUUAUAGGACAAUUGAAGACAAAUCCACUCCAUAAUAGCCUUUAAUGCUCCUGUGCUCCAUGAACAGAAUAGUGUAGCACAAAAGGGAAGGUGUGAAGCAGGAGGAACAUAAUUCUGGUAAAGUUGUCAAACUACUAGUAAUGCCAUUUAUUCUUUUCAUGAUUUGGAAAGCACCAUGGGUGCAAAUAAGAAUGGCUCAGCGGGUCUGAUCUUUAACCAAAGAAACGGUGGUUAGUCACACAUAGGAUUUAAUGAAAAUAAAUAAAUGAAAUAAAACCAUUUCUCUUAUCAUGUGCUGAGCACAACAGCUGGUCCAGCUACACAAUCCCACUAGAUGCCGGCUAUUGCUUCUUUAUUUCCUACGUAGGCCUACAAUACGAUGUGGGCACAGCUGCUGCCGCCUCUGCAGCAGAGGUAGCCAACGUUAUGACUUCCAGAUGAUGUUGGACUCUUAACUCCCAUCAGCCCUGACCAGCCUAGCCAGUGGCUAGGGAUGCUGGGAACUGUAGUUCAGCCGCUUCUGCAGGGCGCUGCAUUGGCUACCUCUGCUCUACAGGCUCCAGGUGUCUUGCCUCUGGCCUAGCAGCAGCACCUUGCGGAGUGGAAACGAGCAGCAGGCAGCAAUCAAGGAAGCGAGCCCAGGUGCUACUGAACCCUGCUUUCUUUUCAUCCAAGGCCUCUGCUAAGGGUGCGGCUCCCCUCCAGCCAGAUAGGAGGAAAGCGCUGCCACGAGGUGGGCCAGUCCUUAAUUGGCAUUUGGUGUCGCUUUAAUCCUUUUAAGACCGUAAACUAAAUAUUGUGAGAAGGCAACAAGCCCAGAAAAGCAAUCUUGCGUAAUCAGGUCUUUGCUCUAAUGCACAAUUGUGAGAGGCCUGGCAGUUUGCGUAAUAUUUUAAGCUACGGUUGCUUUAGCCCAUAGGAGCCAGCUAGGUGCCAUACAUUCCUUAUCUCAUUUUAUCCUCGCAACACUUCUUUUGUGCAGUAAGUGAGGGUGCUAUAUAGUCACUUGCUCCAACCAGUGUUGUGGUUCAGGUGGAAAACUGAAGGUGAACUUCCCAUAUCCAGGCCCAACAUUUUGUCUGUCUGUCUAUCUAUCUAUCUAUCUAUCUUCUUCAUCAUCAUCAUUGUUAAUUGAAUUUGCAUGCUGCCCUUCAUCUGCAGAUCCCCAGGCAGUUCACAAAAUAAAAUCACAACGUGAAAAUCACAAAAUACAUAGUAAAAAUAAGACCAACAACAAACCAAUAUCCCCCCCCACACACAACACAAUUAAAAGGGCAUAGGAUGUCGAUCAAGAGGAAAUGUUUUUGCCUCGCACCUAAAAGAAGUAUAAUGAAGGCACCAGCCGAACCUCCCUAGGGAGAGCACCCCACAAGUGGAGAGCAACAGGUGUUGUCACCCUCCAGACCUCUCAUGGAGGAGGCGCACAAAGAACAGCCUCAAAGGAUGAUCUCAGGGUCCAGGUAGGUUCAUAUGAAGAGAGGCGGUCCUUGAGGUAUUGCGGUCCUGAGCCAUUUAAGGCUUUAUAGGUCAAAACCAGCACUUUGAAUUGGGCCUGGGGCCUAAUUGGUAGCCAGUGCAGUCAGGCCAGCAUCAGUGUAAUAUGCUCAGGCCAUCUCGCCCUAGGGAGCAACCGUGCCACCCAUUUCUGCACUAGCAGAAGUUUCUGAACUGUCUUCAAAGGCAGCUCUACAUAUAGCAUGUUGCAGUUAUAUGACGCGUUGCAGAAGGAUACUGUGGUUAUCCAAAACCGCUGAGAGGUCAAGGAGAACAGGGACAACAUACACUCUGUUUCUCUCCCUAUACAGGUCAUACAAAGCGACCAAAGCAGUUUCUGUGCCAAAACCAGGCCUAAACCCCAACUGAAAUGGAUCUAGAAAAUUACACCACCAUGCUGCAAAAGUGGUGGACAAAGAAAUAGCUUAAAACAUUGGUGGUUUUUUUAAAACUAAACCUUUGCGUCUUAAUGUUUUCACUCUUGACACCGCCUGCAGGUGGAGGAGAGUCCUCUACGGUCUUUGGCUGUGCAUUGCACACUGUCCAGUCCUUCUGUUUCCUCUUUUGCUAAAUUCUAUAAACACCACACUAUUCUGUCACCUACAGCCGCUAUUUCCAGUUUCAGUCUGGAAAAAGUGUGGUAUGCUACCAUAAUCCAUGCUUCUCCUUUUUCCUAGACUUAGCAAAACGCCAGUGCUUGUGGCCGCUUAACUUGGUGCAUUACUUAGGAAGCAAAUCACACAUGUUUUCAAAUCUGAAAGUCCCAGAAUGUCAAAAGAAGUUAACAAGCCAACCAGUAUUUCCAGGAGAGCCCUUUCUUAAUAAAAGCUAACUUAACGGAAAUAAUUCAGAUUGUGAACGGACGGUUGAAAUUACAGCCUCUGUGUUGACUUACAAAGAAUCUUAUCGUCAGUAUGAUGAUAAUGAUUAACAUGCUGAUUUACAAGGGUGGGGUCACAAGAUAUUUGCAGACUCUGCACUGUCUUCCCAGUGGCAACAGCACUUUGGUAUGUAGGCUUUGUCGCCUCUUUAGCUUCAAUUAUUAACCCUAACCUGCAACCUCACAAAACACAAUGCUCCCUCGUUAAAAUUAAAGAGGGUAAAUGCAGGCUUAACCUCUCUUUGUUGAACUCCACUUGCCUUUUCCUGGAGAUGCCCAGCUCAAGGUUAGCUGCCUUGAAGUAUCGGUGAGCUAGCAAAUCAGGCUCAGUAAAAUGAUCAAACAUUGUGAAACUUUAUAUUUUACCUACUAAUAUUCUUCUACUCUUCUUCUUCUUCUUCUCCUCCUCCUCCUCCUCUUCUUUUUUGCUUGUGCAUUUCUCAUUAAAUGGCAGGCCUUGAACAGACCUUUUGGGGGCAUUUUCUUUUUAAGCUUCCAUAAUUUUAAACACCAUCAUAACCAUUUUAUUUGUAUGCCGCCGUUCCAUCGUUAAAACGAUGCUCAAGUCGGCUUACAACAUGACAAGAUUUACAUAAUUACCAAUGCAACAAAAGUCAUAAGCAAUAAAUGAAACACAUCAAAAAGUACACAACCAAAUGGAAAACUAUUUCCACAUAAAUCAUAAAAUCUAAAACUAAGAACACAGCUUUAAUAUCAAUUACAAUUUAAAAUGACAAAGAUAAAAAAUAAAAGCAAUUUAAAAAACAAAAACGGAGCCCUCUCUGCCCAGAUGGAAGGAGGCAGGCAAGGCCCUUCAGGUAAUAUCACGAGGGACAGCCAGCCUAGCACUCAAAACAUUAGUUCAGUGGACAGGGUGAUGUGGAUCAAACUCUCAGCUCUGCCAUGACGUUCCUUGGGUAGUUUUGAGCUCCCGCCAUAUCUCUUGACUUUGCCUCCCCCUAACUCAGAGAAGAGUUGUCAAAUGCAGGCCAGUUCAAACACGACGGAAUCAAUGUGUAAAGUUCACCGAAAGUGCUUCUCUGUGGUGUUGACUCCACCUAAGAUAUGAAAGCUGCUCUCCACAUGGAUUGUCCCAUGAGAGAGAGAAAGAGGGAAGGAGACUCCUUCCUUCCACAGAGAGUACUGCUCUUCAGAACUGCACACAUUCCUGGUGGCCUGCUAGUGCUGGUCUGGAGACUUUCCCAGGCUGCUGAGUUCCUUUCACGCAACAUGGUCCCAUGUGGAGCUGCCACAACAUGGAGACACUUCCCUGCUAUAAAACUUUAGUUGGCCGUGUUUAACAAUGGUAAGCAUUUAGCAUACUCUGAAUAUAUUGUUGAGGCCGGUCAGGAUGAACAAAGCUAGUGGCUUUGUUGUUGUUGUUUAGUCAUUUAGUCGUGUCCGACUCUUCGUGACCCCAUGGACCAGAGCACGCCAGGCACUCCUGUCUUCCACUGCCUCCCGCAGUUUGGUCAGGCUCAUGCUGGUAGCUUUGAGAACACUGUCCAACCAUCUCAUCCUCUGUCGUCCCCUUCUCCUUGUGCCCUCCAUCUUUCCCAACAUCAGGGUCUUUUCCAGGGAGUCUUCUCUUCUCAUGAGAUGGCCAAAGUAUUGGAGCCUCAGCUUCACGAUCUGUCCUUCUAGUGAGCACUCAGGGCUGAUUUCCUUCAGAAUGGAUAGGUUUGAUCUUCUUGCAAGUGGCUUAGUAAGUUAAUUUAGGGUGCAUUUCUGCCCAGUUAUUUGGGGGAGUGGGUGGGAAGCCUCAUUGGCAUAGAACAGUAACAAUGGACAGUGUUGCCACCACAUUCAGAAAAUAUAGGCACAAUAUUUGCUUGCUGAGUCAAUGUUUCCCUACCCCUCCCCUGCGAAGUUCUCACCAUGUAUUGAUUUAGCUCUCUAGUUGUACUUUGACUAUGUUAGGCGUAUGCCUAAUACAUUGUGAAGAUACGGAGAUAACAUUCUUUGUAUAGUACAGCUUUCAAUGAGACUUCCUUAAGGCCUUUUCUAUAGAAGCUAUUUGUACUCAUUUCCCCAGUGCGUUAUUUUUGUAAACGGCAACUUUGGCUGUUAAGUGUUCCCUCUUCUCUGCAGGCAUUAAAUAAAUGGAACAGCAAACUACAGCACACCAUGGUGACCGGUAGGCAAGGAAAUCCCAUACUGUACUGAAAAGGGUACAGAAUUGUGCAAAGCACCUUUGUUAAACAUGACUAAAGCAUUCUGACACUGUAAAACAUACCGUAUUUUUUGCUCUAUAAGACUCACUUUUUCCCUCCUAAAAAGUAAGGGGAAAUGUGUGUGCGUCUUAUGGAGCGAAUGCAGGCUGUGCAGCUAUCCCAGAAGCCAGAACAGCAAGAGGGAUUGCUGCUUUCACUGCACAGCGAUCCCUGUUGCUGUUCUGGCUUCUGAGAUUCAGAAUAUAUUUUUCCUUUCUUUCCUCCUCCAAAAACUAGGUUCAUCUUGUGGUCUGGUGAGUCUUAUAGAGCGAAAAAUACGGUACGUUACAUUGCAAGAUAAUAUAAAACAUACAUUCAAGACUGUAUUGCAGGUUAUUAGAUAUAUUCAUAAUAAUAAAACUAUUUAGCAGUGCAAUCCUAAGGGUGCUUGCGCACAAGGAAGCCCCGCUACAGCAUACAAUCAUUAACUCAAAGCUCUGCUAAUGCGGUUGUAUUUCAGGUUUUUUGUUUUAUAUAUUUCUAUCACUCCCUGCUAUGCAAAACUUCCAGGAAGUAAUAAACCGCAUGCUUGCCAUUCCGCAAACACACAUAGGUAAAAUGAUCAACCGUACAACUCUCAUCAUCACAGACUUGCUUUAAAAACAAACCAAAAAAACUUCAAAGCCCUCUAUUGCUAGAUAUAGUCUGACUACCUAGUCUGCCUUACAAAUCGAAGAAGGUCACAUUAUUCAUCUUUCAGACUCUCAAAACAAAAAAUCACAAAGUCAAAAAGCCUCCAAAUUGGGCAGCCCUCCAGACCUGCAGCCCUCCAGAUGUUUUGGCCCACAACUCCCAUGAUCCCUAGCUAACAGGAGGGAUGAUGGGAAUUGUAGUCCAAAACAUCUGGAGGGCCGAAGGUUGGGGGUGCCUGCUCCACAUCCUGUCUUCCUGAAUUCUAGAAACCACCUGUUAAACACAUUAAUGCAGCUGAACCACAUCAGCACGACUGUUUUGUAUGUUCAAAGCAUGUUCCAGCUUUGCAGUGCGUUAUCCUGUCCACAUCUGCAACUAUGUAAGUCAUGGCGCAGUCCUUCUCUACUCAGUGGUUUGCAACUGGAUGGCACUGCAUUUCUUUUUAGGUACCAGCAAGUAGCCUCUGACUAGAGACAAUUGACUGCAAGGGUACAAGUGCUGUCUGCAAAAAAUUCUGCUCUGGCCAGAAUUUUCAAAGAUUGCUUGUCAGCCGGUCUCUGCCUCCCAGCCAGUAGCAUGCAGCCUUACCCACCGAGUACCUCAAGAUGCCUCACGGGAAGUGAUUCCUAAAUGAAUAGAUAAAUAAUAUCUCUUGUUGUUGUUGUUUAGUCGUUUAGUUGUGUCCGACUCUUCGUGACCCCAUGGACCAGAGCACGCCAGACACGCCUGUCUUUCACUGACUCCCGCAGUUUGGUCAAACUCAUGCUGGUAGCUUCGAGAACACUGUCCAACCAUCUUGUCCUCUGUCGUCCCCUUCUCCUUGUGCCCUCCAUCUUUCCCAACAACAGGGUCUUUUCCAGGGAGUCUUCUCUUCUCAUGAGGUGGCCAAAGUAUUGGAGCCUCAGCUUCAUGAUCUGUCCUUCCAGUGAGCACUCAGGGCUGAUUUCCUUCAGAAUGGAUAGGUUUGAUCUUCUUGCAGUCCAUGGGACUCUCAAGAGUCUCCUCCAACACCAUAAUUCAAAAGCAUCAAUUCUUCGGUGAUCAGCCUUCUUGAUGGUCCAGCUCUCACUUCCAUACAUCACUACUGGGAAAACCAUAGCUUUAACUAUACGGACCUUUGUUGGCAAGGUGAUGUCUCUGCUUUUUAAGAUGCUGUCUUAAUAUCUCUUAACACCCCUCCCCCUUUUCUACCCCUAACAUGGACACACACUUGUCUUUGCUGACAAACAUCCUUUCCAAACUAAUCCAGAUCCUGCAAAACCUCCAGUACUGGUUUCUUAGUAAAGCAUGGAGAUCGUGCACUUCUGUGUAUAUCAAUUUGCGUGUUAUUAUUUUAAGAACUUAUUAUUGCAGCCUAUUGGCUAUACGGUAAGGCUGAGACUGAAUUGUUUAAUGCUGGAUAUUACUGAUCCUGGUGCAUCAUUCGCUUUUCCUCUGUUCCGGCCUGCAUUUCUUUGUUUACAUUAAUCUGCAAGUGUAUAUGCUCUAUCACUAACAUAUCUGCUGCUCCUUGCGUUUCCUCAUAUUUGUUGGACAUCAUUUCCCCUUAACCAGUUUAGACUUUUGACUCUUAUUACCAAAAUUAAUUAAGGAAGAGAUUUUUUAAAAGUUGCUUAUAGUACUGACUUUGACCGUCUGUUAUAAUAGAGCAGUAUCAGAUCCCUGGCUUUGAACCGCACCUUCCCGCAGUGACCUUUGUGAAUUGUUUAAGGUCCAGAGUGAGGCCAUCAUUCUAUAGCGGGACACAAUAAAAGCAUCACCUUUCCGUGCAGUACAAACAGAUGUCGAGUCUGCAUGGCUAGCAAUAACAUUUCAGCUUCCUGCUGCCACAGAUGUUCUUACAAGAACGAGGGCUUUUCAGCAUUUCCAUCCCGUGGCAGCGACCCAAGCCAUCCCAUGAACUUCCUUUCCUGCCUACAUUUUUCCAUUUAGUGUAUGUGCUGCAGUUUAGGCCUUCAGAAAUACAUAUAGAAUAAGAAAUACAUUUAGCAUAAGUGAGGUGAGCAUUCUUACAGAAUCUGCAUUUACUUAUUUUGCUUUAAGUUUUGAGUCUUGCGGCACCUUAAAGACAAACAGUUUUAUUACAGUGUUAAGUUUUUGUGGACUACAGUACACAAUAUUACCGUGAGUAGCAGAAUACACACACACACAAGGUUCGGGAGGAGAUUGAAGAUAGUGAGGGCAGAGGUAAAUGGAACACAAUAAAUACAGACACGGUGAUAAUUACGUACCAGUAAUUACCAGUAAUCAUUACUAAAACAGUUGUUUUGGCAUUAGUAAUUGGAUACUCAACAUUUUGAGUAAACAGAAAGACUGCUAGUAUUGAGUCACGUGGUGGAGGGAACCGGCACAUUUAAGCGAACAUUCAAAUGUGGAUUUUCACAUACUAGGGCCAUUGCAUGCCUCUUAAAUUAUAUAUAUAUAACUCUUCCAUUGUUAUCAGUUGAGUAAAACAAUAGAAGAAAAACACUAGUAAAAUAAAAACAGACAAGCAUUGUAAGUAAAUGAAUUAAACAAUCUAACUUUACCCAUCUCCAAACAGGUGUAAAAUUACCUUUUAAUGUUCUGUUACCUUGUUGCUGUAGGUGGGUUUUAUUUGGCAUUCUUCAGCCGGAAUUGCAUGAUUCACCCCAUCCUGCAGCAAGCCCUUCACUGUUUAAUCAACUCUGAAUUGUGUUUUAGUUUGGUAAUGAGACACACGAAUAAUGUCCAGUCAUUUCUGUUGCUGAUUCUUGGUGAUGGGGUCUCUUUUCUGUUGCUUUGCAGGUUAUUGAAGGGAAGCUGGCCCCUUUCCUUGGGAAGGUAAUCAAAUUUGCCACUUCCCAUGUCUACAACUGCAGCCUUUGUAGCCAAAAGGGAUUCAUUUGCGAGAUCUGUAACAACGGCGAGAUCCUGUACCCCUUUGAGGACAUUUCUACAAGCAGGUAAAGGACGGUGAUUUCAUGUGUUGCUUUGCAUGUGUGUACAUUUACAGUAAUGAUGAGAGGGCUGAUGCAAAUAUGAGCAAGAGUUCAGCUUACCUCCUUUCUAUGUGGAAACCUUUUAUGAAGGCCAAACGAGGCACAACAUUAAAUGCAUCUUCAUACCAAUGGAGGAAUUUCCUCUCCGUGCAAAUAGCAGCUUCAAAGGAGUGGUUUUCAUGUGGACUACAGUUAAACUCCCUCUCACCAUCACCACCAGUAAUCACCCACCGCAGCUGCUACUUGCAUUUGUAGCCAGUACAAGUGGAAAGUGUGCACAUUCAUGGGGUAUGUACCAUCAUGCUUUGGUCUGCUUCACCACAUGUACAUGCACCAGGGAACUGGAGUUCAGCACCGCUCCCUGCGGUGUGUAAAUGCAAACGACUAGACACGUGUAGUUAUAGCAAGCACAACAGUGUACAUAACACACAAAGGGGCCUUAAGGGGACUUGUGAACUCAAGAGGGACUUUCACAAUCUGACCAUUAAAAUUCCUUAAGACAUUUAUUUCUAAGCAGUUCAGAUUGUAAAUGCAAGUCUGAUAUUUUAGAGGCCCUAGGCAAGGUAAGGUUAAUGGGACCUGCCUAUCCCGAGCUGACAAGUUUCAAGAAUAUUUAGCUUUUCUGGGGGUCAGUAUCCAGACUGUCUAUUCCCUUCUCAUGGCCCCCUGUACGUAUGGGAAGCCUGAGGAUAGGAGAAAAGGAGAAAGGCACUUGACGCUUGUCUUUCAUCAGCCUGUAAGUAGUUGUGCAUUGGCAACUGGGCACAUCAUCUUGCUGCAUAUUGGACUCGGGGAUUGUUAGAUAAAGGAGCUGACCAGGCUGCAUGUUGGGGCUGAUUCACACAUGCAUGUUUAUCCCUUAAUCUGAGUGCAUAUCAUGCCUGUGUCAUUCAGGCACAGGUAAAACAUCUAUGUUGUGCACUGUGGUUUGUGUAUUAUGUUGUGCACUGUGGUUUGCUGUUGUUUUAUUGUUGUGUUAUUUUAUUGAUUGGAGUUUAGAAAUUACUUAUUGUAAUUGUUGAGUGGAUUUCUGUUUAAUUUUGAAAUGCUGAUAUUUAAUAUUAUUUAAUAUUAUUUUACUGAAUGUUGAAUGUUAUUUUAUUUGCAUAUUGUAUAUUGUAUUAUGCAUAUUGUCUUAUUUAUAUGAUGUUAGCCGCUCUGAGCCUGGCUUUGGCUGGGGAGAGCGGGAUACAAAUAAAAUUUAUUUAUUUAUUUAUUUAUUUAUGUCACCCCAGUUGAGUUUUUCAAUGGUGUGUCCAGGAGUGAGUCAUAAAUAACUAAGUUUUGUAUAUUCAUGAUGUUGAUCCUCCCUUGGGCAUUGUUGGCAGUUUGUGAGAUGGCCAGGAUUAUUUUGUUAGCAUAAUUUGUUGAGAGUUGUUUUUCUUCCCAGCUGGGAGAAGAGUUCUGUGCCACUGCAGCCCAAGGCCACCUUUUACUGAGAUUUUUGACUGGCACCUCUUUUACUGCUAAUAUUUGCCUCAUCUUUCCCUGGUUUUGUUUCAGUACCUUGUUUUUAGUAUGAGGUCCAAGCCCUGAACGUAUAUUAAAUGAGGUGUACAGCACAACUGUGCAAACACUGAUUAAGAAAGGAAAGAGAACACUUGCAAAACAGUAAUUUCUAGGACGGAAAGUUGUGAAUGAAAAAGCAUUAAGGAGAACUAAGACCAUGGCUAUAUAAGGCAAAGAUAUCUGCAAGGGACUCGUGAGGAUAAUGAAAGCAGCAAAAUACUUGAUGUAAGAAGGUUUCCCAGUGCAAUGCAUGUAGUUUCUCUGCAGAAUGAUUUGAUUACUCUGAGUGUUUGCUGUGCAUUAAAAUCACAGGUUAAAUGCCUUAGAAUUCUGAAAUCUUAAAUGCCCUGAGAGAAUUUGCAGUACAUCUCAGAUCAGUGAUAUCUGGGUGUAAUGACUUCUGUUGGUGCUUAUUACACUGGCAGCCAGUAAUAUAUAUGUGUACAUGUUCAAUACAAAAACAGAUUUAAUGACACUGAUAUAACCACAUCAUUUUCAAAAUAAUAUUUAAUAUUGCUGUACCAGUGAAGUUGUGGUUCAGUAACAAAAGUGAAUUAGUUUGAUCAGUUAAUUUUUAUUUUGGCAAUUAGUUUGAACAUUAUCUGUCUGCAUAUUGGAUAAUGUUCUUUUGUUGGGGCACUGUGUUGAUAGAAAGCAGGUUGCCCAUUAAUAGAUGUAAUAGUCUAUUUCUUUUUAAAAUAGGAUUCAUUCAUAAGAUUGCCACAUAGGCAAUGCUUUGAAUUUAGGUUUGUUAAAAGAAAUCAAGUGGGCUGCCUUUUAAUUCCAAGACAGGUCUUGGCAGCCCCAGUCAUUGCAGAUUCUAUGUUUCACUCUGAUUUAAAGUAUAACCCUCUUUGUCCAUUAUAUUGGGGGAGGAGGAGGUGGGGUGUUUCAACUUGAUAUGAAACAGGGGCUUAUGUGCCCUUGCCCCCAUCCUAAAGAAAACCCCCACAAAUAUUUCAAUAUAUUGAGAUUUCUGUUGGUAGGGUUGCAUUCCCUUAUUUAGGUAAUCGUUGCCUUAAAUGUUUGCCCCAUUUAACUAGGAUUCAGAUGUUCUGUUCUAGUUCUUAUAUUACUCUGUUCCUUAGGAUGUGCAUAGCCCUCUGUACCCUGAGCCCCUGCUAGGAUGGCAGAGUUACGAACAAGUUGGACCCUGGCGCCUGAUUCUGCAUUUCCACUUUUGAGUAGGCAAAGAAUACCAUACAGUGAUAUUCCCCUUGCUGGUAGUUCUCCUGAAAGGUUUAUACCGUCAUAUCAGCAAACACAAGCCCUGGCAUUGAAUUUCAGAGGAGUGGCCUUGUUAGUCCGUUGCAGCAAAAAACAAUGCAUAGCCUUUGAAUUGGAGUAGGUGCCCAAAACUGAUUGAGAAGGUUGAGUCCCUUCAACCAAACAUUAUUCCUGGGUGGGAAAACCUUAGGUUUUGUUUUAGCUAUGGAGCUUUCAUUAGAGUUUUUCUUGUUUUUUUCGGGAAGAAGGACGGGGUAAUUUAAGCUGGCAUGUUCAGCAAGUUUCACUAACACCCCCUCCCACAACCAUCUAAGAGGGAUAUAUAACAUUUACAGUUUUGUAGAUCCACAAAUUAGUGUUCUAAAGCUUUGCCCCUAAAUGGAGAUGAAAAUAAAUAUUAACACAUGUGAAUUGUGAUGAACUUACUGUUAUCCUAAUGUCUUUGUUUCUGCUCCUUCACUUGCAUGUGUUCAGCUUCACUAAAUCUAAACAAAAUGAAUGCCUCUUGUGUUUUAAAAGAGUGCAAAACUAGAGUUUUAAUAAAUCUUGAGCCUCUGUUAGAGUGGUAUAUAAAAAAACCCCCAACAAUAAAUUGCCUUAAUAAGAAGCUGUUUGUACUGUGUGAAAGAGUUCCCCUGCAUUCACGGCAUUCUUGGAUGACCAGGAAUUGAAGUGUGUUUGCACCUUGCUUUGCAUAUAUUUUCCCUUUGUCUUUUUGCCUUGACCUUUCCGCUUGACAAAGAAGAAAGCAAAGCGAUGAGUCUCAGGUGCCCUUGCCAAGACCUGCAAGAGGGUCAGCACUGGAUGACGACCAUCCUGAUAUAAUGGCAUCCUCACAGGGGCUGAGGGAGAGAACAAGUUCUAGUAGAAAAGUAGUUUUUCUGUGGGUCCAUUUCCAGAUGUGAUUUCUCAAGGCCUGUCUCUUCCUGAGACAGAUAAAUCUCCGGGCCGAAGGACACCCCCGUCCGCUUUUAAAGAGCUGGAGUUUCCAUUUGCAUGGAGGCUGUUUGCUCAGCAUUCAUUCUUUGUCAAUCCUUGAGCAAACAGAGCAAAUACCUGGAUAAUGCACUCAUCUGGCUUUGAAUGCACAUAUAUUACAUACCCUUUUCUUGCUAAUCGGUGUGACACAUUCCUUUGUUGGCUAAAUGGUUCCAAAACAAACACAAUCAUUUCAGUUAAUUAGCAGGGUUUUGUGGGCUGUGCCUGGCAAGCUCCUUACAUCCUGUCCAACAAUACACAACUUCCAAGUCUGCUGUCUUAGCACUGGUGUAGAAUGCUCAAAUAAUUCUCUCUCUCUCUUUUUUUUUCUUGCUUGGUUUUGCAUUGCUUAGUUAAAGUAUUCCCCUUCCUUAGAUUUCCUGGGUGUCGGGUUUUGGAAUGAAAACUAAAAAUAGAAGAAUAGUAAAGUGCAAGUGGAACUGUUGUAAUACUUGGGUCUUCUGAUUUUUUCCUGUCAGCUCCAGCAAUUAGUUUUUAAGUAGACAUGGAAAUUGACUUAAGCCUGCUGGAAACAGUGUUCUCAGGAAAGCUUUACUUUCCAGGGGGCAGAGUGUCAGGUGGUAGUUACUCAAUGGGGUGGUGGAAUAGCACGGCACAUGCUUGAAGAUACUGCAUUGUGAAUUUUUUGCAGCUUUCGGAUACAAGCUCUUGUCGCUGAGAUCUCCUUCACCCUUUACUGCAAGGACUCAAAAAAUUAGUUCUUCCUUGCAAAGUAAAAUGCUGAUAAAUGUUUAGUAUGGCGAAAUUCCAGGUUCUGCUACCUGUCAGUGCUGGGAAACAUUUUGUUGUUGGGUCAUUGUUGAUCUGGUUUCUCAGAUCAACUUCAUUGAUAGGGGUCUCAAACUAGUAUUCCACACAGACAACCAAGACCCAGUGCCUUUCUUCCUCUACUACCAAUGCAGCCCAUCUGCUGAAGGAAUCGCUUGCUUUACCCAGAGGUGUCCUCUGUUGUUGUUGUUGUUGUUUAGUUGUUUAGUCGUGUCCGACUCUUCAUGACCCCAUGGACCAGAGCACGCCAGGCACUCCUGUCUUCCACUGACUCCCGCAGUUUGGUCAAACUCAUGCUGGUAGCUUCGAGAACACUGUCCCACCAUCUUGUUCUCUGUCGUCCCCUUCUCCUUGUACCCUCCAUCUUUCCCAACAUCAGGGUCUUUUCCAGGGAGUCUUCUCUUCUCAUGAGGUGGCCAAAGUAUCGGAGCCUCAGCUUCAGGAUCUGUCCUUCCAGUGAGCACUCAGGGCUGAUUUCCUUCAGAAUGGAGAGGUUUGAUCUUCUUGCAGUCCAUGGGAGAGUCUCCUCCAGCACCAUAAUUCAAAAGCAUCAGUUCUUUGGCGAUCAGCCUUCUUUAUGGUCCAUCUCUCACUUCCAUGCAUCACUACUGGGAAAACCAUGGCUUUUACUAUACAAACCUAGAAAGCAUUAGAAGACCCACUGGCCUGGUGCAUCACCCAGUCAGGUGGAAUAAGUGCAGUUCCACUUGGCCUUGUCAAGCCUUUACCCCAGGACAUCCUCUUCGGCCCACCCUAAACAACCCGACUCCCAUUGAGAAGAACCUGCCAGGCUGAAUUUCUGCUCUUCACCUUCCUUCACAGAACCCUCUGCCUCUGGAACUCGACCGUUUGCUUUUCUAGAUGACACUGGUUACCUCUGUCCCAUCUGCCUGCUAGCAGCCAUUCUGAGAACUGACUUUUGCCCACUGUAGAUCAUACCACUUGCCUUUGACCCCCACCGGCCAAGAACUUUCUUGCUCCUGACCCUGGCUAUCACUUGUCGGAUCUUAGCGAACCUUGACACAUGGACCUAAGGACAACUGUGGGCAUGCAGGGUUCCUGUGCAUAGCUGCCUACCACUUUUGAGCCUAUAUACACAUGUACUGUCUAUGUGCCCUUAAACUCUGCACAAGCGUUAAGCCCCACAUGCUGUUGCAUGCAGUGGGUCAUAGGAAAACUAAUCUUUCAGUGUUACUUUUUUGUAAAACAACAACAACACAAGAACAACCCUUCUGUACAAUCAUGACUCCAGCCUAUGCAGAAAAUGAAAUAACUUGCUCAAGCAUCUCACUGACUACCAUACUAAUGAAUCAUCUUGCUUUUAAAAAAAAAGAAAGUGUUAUUGUGUUAUAUGUUUCAGGGCAUGCAAACAAGUAUAAUCUUCUGCACUUCAGAGCUGAAAUUAUCUUGUGGCUUCUAGGAAAGAAUGCUAGAAGGGAGGAAGUUGGUUAAGGAUGGGGCUGGCUGGGACACAAGUUUAAGGAGAAAUAUGUGCCUCCGCUAUCAGUUUCCAGCACCUCCACCCACCAUUUCACUCAUUUCACCCACCCCAAAUCUCCCGUGUUAAGAAUGGAUGCCCUACAGGAGCAUACGCCUGAUCAUUUAAAAUGCAAAAACCUUCACGGCGAUUCAGAGGGUGUUUCAGGCACUGGUGCUAUGUGCAUAAUCUAGGCACUGAGCCAUACGAUUGCACUCCUACAGCAGCUGUGACCAUAGGCAGCCGAACAUGAAAAGUGGACUUUCCCCCUCUGGGACUGCUGCAGGCAAAACGGAAGACAUGAAUGAGUCCACAGUUGCUUGUUUUUAAGGUCUCAUCUUUUUGUCAUCUUCAAAGCAACAAAUGUCUUCUCCACAAUGUCAUUGUAUUUGUGCUCAAAAGGAUCUGAGAAAAGGAGAAUAAAGGCUUAGCAAUAAUGAGACUGUUUUGUAAAUAAGUGCCAUAAAAGGAACACCCUCUUUCCCAACACAGGUGCUUCUCAUUGCCCUCAGAUGUUAGAGAAGUGGGUGACGCAACACCGAGCUGUGGCCUUGGCCAGAUAAGAAGCAGGUGUUUGAUCGCUUGAUUGAAAUGCUGAGCGGUCUUGCAGCCACAGCCAGGAGAUACACCUUUGUAAUUUUCCAUGGAAGUUAGAGUAGGUUGCAGCUGGGAAAGAUUUCAGCUUUUAAAGUUUUGCAGGUUCAUCUCAGCUUCAUGAUUCCUUCUCUCCUUAAGCCGUGCAACACAAAAUCAACAGAGUGCUUAAGUGCCAUAUUUCGUUUUCACUUGUCAGUGAACUGCAGUUGACUUCACACAUUCCCUUUGUGUAUCAGGUCCUCUACCACCUGUGCAGGUGGUCCUAACUGGGCUGGCAGGGCUAGCCAGGACUCACCCUGGUCCAUCCCAGUACCGGCAGCUCCUCCUCAUUCAUCUCACCAUCACCCGCAACUUCCGCUCUAUUCUCUUCCUCUUUGGGCCCAAUCUGGAAGUGGGGAGGAAGAUAGUAGCUGCAGUCUCUUCUUCCUUACCCAAUGAGAUGGCACGGGGGGGCGGGGCUUCUGUACCAUUGGGAGCAGGUAAGUAAUGUAAAUGGCAGCACCAGCAGCAACAACAACAACAUUUCCUCUACCUCAUUGCUGGGUCUGAAGAAGGAGCAAGCAGAAGUGGCAAGGAAGAAGGAGCUGUCCAUGUUUGCAAGAAGAGCAGAAAGUAGAGCCAUUUCCAUUGUCCAGCAGCAAUUUGUAUGUGUCAGGAGAAUCUGGUGUGUGGUGGGCCCUUGCUGGGGCAUGGACCUGGGCAGGUGCCCAGUGAUGCCAACCCAUGGUGCUCGGCCUGACAUCAACGAUGUUUUAAGUGUUAUGUGUGACUGUGUCAAAUAUUCACCUGCAAAUGUGUAUAAGAGCCUUGAUUGACUGCAGCUAACUGAUGAGUGUACAUUUGGUGGCAAACCACUUUUGGAAGGUGUGAAAUAAUCCUAAUAGGAAAGAGAAAUUGGACUCAUGAAAUGCUGGUUGGCAGUGGGUAUUCAGGAACACACAUUAAAAUCCUGUAGAAAUGGGGAAAUGUGUGGAACUUGUGGGCUUCAUUCCUUGGAUAUUUGCUUCAUCGAGAUCCUUGUGUCUUAACAAGUUUUCAUCAGAAACUGUUCAGGGGUGUUCCUGCCUUUUCUACACAACCACAACACUGAAAACCACCUCCUUCUCCUGAAAAUAAAGCUAUGGUAAUUAGGUGCUUGUGGGAGUUGCUGCUGUCUGUUGCAUCAGUUUCACUGCAAGGUGGAUUCAUGGACCCUCUGGCCAAUUAGUUGAUUUGGAUUUCUUCUGUUCAUUGUCUCAGCAAUUAAGAUGUCUGAGCAAUUGAAGUGUUACUUCCCAGUCAGAAUAGCUCCUGGCAAACAGAGCACAGCAGAUCCAAUGGAUUUUCACAAUGCACUUGACUCAAAUUUUCAACCUAAGUUAUCACCGUUGCCAUAUAUUACUGGAAUAGAAUUGGGCAAACCAGAAAAAAAAAAAGGUCUGGAUUGGCCUUGUGGAACUUCCAGCCCACAAAAGUCACCUUUGGGGAAAGACCAGAACACUACCUGCUUUUUAUUAGGAACCUCACGUUUCCCUCCAUCUGGGUCACAUGAGUACCUGAAAACUGCAUGGGAAAGUUGCCGUUUGAGUGCUAACAUUGUGGGAAGGAAGCAAUCGUGUUCUCUCCAAUCUCUCUGUCACUGUUCUCUCUACCAUCAGCUCACCCUUAACACUUUGUCCCACAACCCGUACCUGAAAAUCUGUACUAGGUAACAAGUGUUUAGCCUCUAAGAAAGAUUUUCAAAAAGCUUAAUCCAAAUUAUUGUGUAACAUAGAAGAUGGUGACAACUUAGUAUAGAUCCUAUUAGUAAAAAUACUAAUGAAAAGCCUGGCCAGAUAGAAAAGUCUUGAUCUUGUAUGUUUGUUUGCUGUUAUUUACUGCUGGUUGUACAGCCAAAAAUUUAUGCUGCUGUUACUGGAGGUUACUUUUGGCAAUUUUAAUGAAUUGCACAUGCUUUGUGUAAAUGGGUUUUUAUUAUAAUGCAUUUUUACUUUGGUCUAUGAUCUUAAAUAGGUUUUAAGUCAUGGAGAGACCUUUUUGUGUAACAAGCAAGUAACAAGUUCUGCUAAUGAUGAUAAUUGAUCUGGCACCCAAAGCUCAGCAGCGGAGGCAUCAGGCAGGUAGCUCUAGGAAGAGCUACUUGGGACCCCACCAGAGAGAGGUGCCUCUCCUCAGUAGCCAUCCUUCUAACUUGUGUUGCCAGAGUUAUCCAGAGAAAGACUUCUAAUGACCACAGACUUAAAGAGGGAAAGUUAAUGAGGAGCUGCUUUAAAAUUAGGGGAUUCAAUAUGGUAAUGGAAUUCAGCCAUGUACUGAGCUGAAAUGUCCAUGUUGAAAGACAGACCCGUGUACAACACAGAGCAAAGGUUUGAUCUGGAUUUUAGCAGGGCAUGGGUCACAGUGACCAGGCUGUCUUUGUCCAGGAGGGAUUCUCUGUUUGCACUUUUCUGUUUCUGCAUGCAACAGUUAUCAUAGGAAAUGUGAGUUUUCCUGCAAAAGCUUAUGCAGCAAUGAUUCAGUUAGUCCCUAAUGAAGGCCACAAUUGUAUGCAUGUUGGGAACCAAAUCCCAUUAAGCAGUAGGAGUUGUUUCUGAGCAAGUAAUCUAUGAAUGGGAUUAGGGUGCUAUAUGCAGCUACUGUUCUGGAAUGACUAGGUAUAUUAAGGGUUAAUUUGGUAGCGAUAAAGCAACAAUUGGACCUGUAGUGUGGGAUAACUGGUUAAAAUGAAGAAGCUGAUUUAUGGAAGGCUUUGGGAGCUAGAAGCGUAAGUGCUGGUGGGAUUUUAAGCAAAGCCCAUGAAGAGUGUCAUUCAUGUCUGCUUUUCCCUGUCCUCCUGCUUGUAAUCAUCUGUUCCCUUUUAUCAAGGAACAAGUUGAUUAUUGAUCAUACAGAAGUUUUGGGUGGUGGGUGGGUUUUUUUGUGUUUUGCAACUUUUUCAAAUGGUUUGAAUGAUGUAUUUGCUCUUAAUUUUGAAAUCAUCAAUCUUCUCUUGUCCCUCCCCACCCCCUGAUUUAAUGCAUCUGGGUAGCAACGGCAGGUGUGUUUCACUCUUCCAUAAUCCUGCCGGCGUCCAUUUCGACUGAAAUUCCUGAUAAGCGUUUACAUUCUCCAGUUGACUGAGAAGAGUGAUCAAAAGAGGGAAAAGGGAGAGGCCAUGAAUGAAUGCAAAAUGACACUCUCAUCAAUCAUUGGUCUCCAGCGUUUCCCAAGGAAUUGUAAAUCACUAACGAAAGGGGAAUUAGCUUGAUAAAGUCAGCAUUAGUGUCAGAUGUGGAUGAUUUAAAAUUUCUAAAGGCACAACUGUUUUCUUUGGCUGUCAUCUUGGCUCCCACUUGGGUUCCCUGCAUGUGCUCCAAUCCAGAAAAGAAUGGGUAACAUGCUUAAGUAAUUAAGCUUGUAAAAUCUUCCAGAGAUUUUGAGAUUAAAGCAAAUACUAACAGCUGCAACCCUGCAUCCGGUCAGGCUGCUUACCGUAUUUUUUGCACCAUAACACUCACUUUUUUCCUCCUAAAAAGUAAGGGGAAAUGUCUGUGCGUGUUAUGGAGGGAAUGCCUACGGGUGGCAUGCCUACGGAUUUUCCUCCUCUAAAAACUACGUGCGUGUUAUGGUUGGGUGCGUGUUAUAGAGCGAAAAAUACGGUACAUCCCAGUGACUUCAUUAACUGCACAUAGCAUUGUGCCCUAACUGCCUCGCUAAACCACUGCCAUAGUGUAACUCAAUGUUCCGACGCUAUAAGACACCUUCUCACUGGGACUCAACGAUGUCUGAGAAUCCUCUGAGCGUUUCUCGGUGUGGCUGGCUUUCAGAGGUCAGAAUACAGCCAGCACAGGAACAGUCUUAGCACAGAACUUCUUUCCUCUGCGUAGUGGGGUGGGGAAGAGAAGCUAGGAACCUACAUAUUAAUAUACAAAUAUCUGAUUUUGUUCUCACAGAUGUGACAGCUGUGGUGCCGUCUUCCAUUCAGAGUGCAAGGUGAAGUCGGUGCCGUGCCCCAGGUGUGUGCGAAGGGAGCUUCAGAUGAAGCAGAAGUCUUUCUGGAGAAGACUCAACAUGGAUGAAAGCCUGGAAGAGGCCUGCAACAUGUUUGAACUGUCCUAUCAGAACACUUGACUCAAAGGAGGAAGCUGGCAACCUGCAGAGAUCCCUUUCCUACUGUAGAAUGAAUGCUUACAAGGCAACGUUCCACUGCCAGGCAGAAUCCUUUCCUGCAGAAAGAUUGGCUAAUAUUCACCUUUUCGGUUAUUGAAUAGCAAGGGUCAAUGUUGCUAAGAAGGUUGAAGGCAGAACGCAUUCAUGAAGUCUAGGUCAACCAGGUGGUCUAAAGCCAAAUGUAGUUUACUUGAAAUAUUUCCUAUUCUCUUUGCAUUUAUUGUUAGAAAUAGAAAUAUUGUGUGCAUUAUUUAUUAUUACGUUUCCAAGUGAACUAUUUUGCAGAAAUAGCAAAGGUGGCACUGGAACUUAAAGGCCCCAGAGUACUUUGCACAGGGGGCCUAUGAGAUGUAUUUGUGAGGUCUUUUCCAGCUUAGAAGGAUGUUUUAGUAAACCGUCCUUAAGACUACAUUCCUCUCCCACAUCUCAAAAAGUAAACUCAAUUAUAGAUCCACAUCUAGAUGACUAGAAUAGCAAUCCUUGUACGCUAUAUGAACCAAGUGCUAAAUGCUGUUUAGUUCCUGCAUAACUGUUCUUGACUACUGGAACAGCAACUCAUGGUUGUAGAACAUGCACAGCUUUACAUCUGCACAACAUUCCAAUCUCCUACUAAGUCAACAAUGCAAAUCCCUGUGGUUUUUCUCACAUGUAGCACGAUUAAACACCAAAAUGCAUCUGUUUUGAUGUUAAACAAUGUACACACUGCUUUGCGGCUGCUUUGGAAGUUGACCACUUUUUCUAAGCACCUUUCUCCACCUUCUUACACUUUGAAAUGGUGAGCUGAGGGUUUCGCAGGGCCGGGGUCUGCUUCGUCUCUCUCUCUGCUGCUCUAUCCUUUUGGCUGCACUUGAUAUGGGGACUCGGAAUAGCAGCCUGAGCAAUUGCUGGGGACAAAUGCUUCAGCGCAGUGAGGAGGCGGCACAUCUUGGAAUACCUUGGCUGAGAAAUUGGGACUUGUGCAGUUUCUAAUUCUGCCUAAGGAAGUGCAUGUACAGAACACGGCACAUGGUGGCUGCAGAUUGUCAGGUGUGCAUCCACACACACUGUGCACACAGCAGAUUGUGAAUAGCAAUGCACUUUCCGUGUGUCUUAUGAUAGAGAUUGGAACGUGCUUCCUUGUCUUUUGCCUGAGGGUUUAGUACACGACUUUUACCCAUGGGAUCCUAGUAAUACAUAACAUUCUGCCCACUUAUUCAUCUGUCUUUGGAGUGAGGCCCAUUAAUCCUCCCAGUUCUGUGUAUCUGGUACUUAAAGAUAUGUCAAAUGAAGUUUGCGGAUGCUGCGUUUAUUUUGCCCUUAUCCAGACCAGUCUUGUGCACCUAGAUUCACCUACUGGUAGCUUAUGUAAGCUUUCCCAGCCAGAUCAAUGGAGAAUUCCAGCCUUCAUUCUUAUUGAGUCUGUACAUUGAAGGCAGAGAGUCAGAAAAAGGUAGCAGAAUUUACUGGCACUCAUAAAUGUUUCCUCUGAGCCUGAUUUUGUUUCUUUGCUUUUAGCCACUUUGAGGCUGUGUUCAGAGGUUUAUGGUUUAUCAUUUGAGCAACAUGCUUAGGAGAAUCUCAGACUCAUGUGCUUCCUAUUCACGGAGGAGAUUGGAAGCUUCCCCUUUUGGAUAACUGCAGUUUGGCCUUUGUUGGUUUGAACGAUGGUUUAGUGAAACAAGCCAACUUCACAUCUUGGUUGAUGCUGCCAACCUGUUUCAGUAAACCAGUUAAGCUUAACCAUAGUUUAGGGUUUGGGCAUAAACACUAAACUUAGAUUAAUCAAAGGUAGCAGUCUGAGGCUUCCCUAGGCUUGUUCCUGUAGCGAACAGCAGUAAACCUUAGGUUAUUAUUAGGUCCAAAUGCUCACAGUCUCUCAGAUCUUUUAUUAUUCAGUGCAGUUUCUCCAUAUUUCCUGUUCUUCCUCCAGUGCGUAUAUAUUGAUGCAAAUGUGGUUACUAAUUUGUAGGAAGUGCAUUGUUCUGUGAAAAUAAUGCAUAGUUGUAUUUAUACCUACCUGUUAAUGCAUCCUUCCCUGUGGUACUCUCCGGGUAUUUUAGACUACAGGUCCCAUCAGGUUCAGUGGUCAGGUGUUUUGGGAGUUCUAGUCUGAAACAUCUGGAAAGUACUAGGUUAAUCCGGUAUCUUAUAGAUUACAGAUUUAAGGCAACAAAUAUAUUUAAAAUGGAGGAUACUGAGUAAACCAAACCUUAACGUGCCUUUUAAACAGGAAAUUAAAAACUUCUGUCUGAAAUGGGAAUUUUAUAAAUGAGAGGUGUGGGAAGGCUGGUUACAUAAGAAAUAGCAGGGGUAGGGAUAUAGGGUGUUUCUGUAGCUAAAAGCUUUAGAGAAAAGAAUGGCAGGAUCUUAGAGCUGCUGUCCACAUUACUUUUCUGUAAGUCACUCCUGUAAGCACAUAUGUGCACAUGUACAAACAUGUUAUCCUGUGAAACUUGCUUCAGUACACACCUGUAAAAUGGUGUCCAUUAGUAAUGUUUUUACUCAUUUAUUUAAGAGCUCUGCAAAUGUAUUCAGAUACAGGUGUGAUAUGUGAGAAUUGUCCCCUGCUUGAAAUAUGUAACCUGAGAAUCUACCGUAACAUGAGAAUGGGGGGGGGGGGCACAUCUGAAAACAAUAUAAUGUUGUUGAAAGGAAAGGAAUGAAAUAGCAGCCAUUUGUAGAAGGAAAUAGCACACACCAGGUAGAUUCUUUACUGUGGCACCGUCAACAGCUCCAAAGGCUCUAACCUAACAUUGAAUUGCUAACUGUUGAUGCCACUUGGAAAGACUAACCAAAGUGAAUAGGCAUGUGUCACAUUUCACACUGCCUAUGGCUUGUUACUGAUAGUAGUGGUCUGUCCUUGGUGGACUUUUAUGCUGGAGGUGUCCUGUCCACAUGGCAGAGAGCAGAAUUUUGUUUCUUGUGUUUGCAGCACAAUACUAUGGGAUGCCUCUUCUUUCCCUUGGAAGCUGGGAGCUGAGCAGCAGUCUCCACUGUCACAUGGGUUGCAAUGGCAGAAUAGAAUAGGGCAGCGAGGGAUGCUUGAGCACUUCAUAUAAAAAGGUGCAACACAAAUCUGCUGUUCUUAAAUUCCUGCUUUGUCAGCAGGAACUUUCAGAUUCUGUAGCCAUGUGUUUCCCAAGCCACAGACAGUUGCUCUUCUUUCUGAGUCUCUGCAUGAGAAAGUGCCAAGUCGUGUUGAGUUUAUUGAGUUUCAGUGUUGAGACCCAUUGACUUCCAUCCUACGAGGGAAAGGAGUUAUUUCAAAUUCCUGGUUUCCUUAAAAUACAUUCUAACAGCCUUUAGGAAACAUCUCUUCCUACUUUUUAUGUAAACUCUUUCUUUCUUUCUUUCUUUCUUUCUUUCUUUCUUCCCUUAGAGUAGCUAUGAGCCAAUUUGAGACAUUGGCAAAUUAUUGGCUCACAGAAAAGAGGGUAAUUUUGAAGCCAGUGUCAACCCCUAUGAAUAACAGGUCAACAUAUUUGGUAGUUUGAGCACAAUCUUGAAUCCCACCCAGGGUAUUUGAAUUUAGCUGGUUACUCUUAAGAAAAGAAGGGCAUUAAAUUGCAUGGGUAGAUGCAGGAUAUCAUAGAUUUCCAAAAUAUGUGUUUUUAAAAACAAUCAGGUGACUAACCCUGAAUAUGACCAUUUCUGUAUGGAUUUAAUUAUCAGUGUAUUUCAUUAUUAUUUGAGUCAAUUGAAUUGCAGUAAAUAUCAACAAACCUUUAAAGGUGUGCUGGUAACACUGAUAAUUGAAAUAGCAAUUUCUAAAAUUGUUGCGAUGUACCAAAAAUAUCUAUCUAAAGCAGGAGGCCCUCAGACAUCCAUGAUUUGGGGUGAUGUAGUCCAGUAAUAUUUGUACGGUUGCUCCCCUCCCUAUCUAAAGCAGGGGUAAGCAACAUUCAUGUCAUGUCUUGAUUAACACUUAUAAAUGGUAACCAAAUGUUAAAAAAGAAGAAAUCAGUUGACUUGUCUCCCUUUUCCUGUCCUGCAAGUUGCUGCUUGCCCCUCUGAUGAAUGCUCCGAAUUCAUCCAGCUUUUUGCUGAUAUUAUUUAUGAAGCUGUUAAUCAGUUUAUAGUUAGCUCAACAGCCUUUUCACUAACACAGUUCCCCACCCUACUCUAUAACACGUUGUUGUGGGUGUUUUUUUUGAAAACCUUAAUUCCAAAUGAUCCAUGUCACUAUUCCACACAGUCCGUGAAUUUCUCUGUGUCUUAGAAUAAUAAAGCUGCUUUUACUCUAGAGGCAUUGCAGUUAUAGAUUGUUAGUAUUAUUUAACUUUAUUUGAUCUUAGUAUGUUUGUGAAUUAUCCAGUUAAAUGGGAUUUUGGCUAAUCCAGCCCAAAUAGCUAAAUAAUUUGGUCUGCUAGCAGCCAUCGAUUGACUGAAUAGUCAAUAAAAGCAGAGGAUCAGCAAAUGGAAUGGAUGUAUCUAAUUAACUUAACUUCACAUUCUAUAAUAAUUCUUUGGUUGGUCAGAUUGGCAGUCCAAAUCUUCUCAUAAAAGUUAUUUCAUUUGCUUUGGAAGAAAUAAGCUGCUCUAAAAUUGUGCCCUGUUCCAGUUCCAGUAUGAGGAGAAGCUGUACUGAAAUGUACUUUUGUAGUGUUUCAGGGAUCUAAGUCCAUCCCCUGCCUCUUUACUUAACAUUCAGCCAUUUUACCUACAAACCUGGAAAAUGCAAACCUUUUUCUCCCCAGUUUGAGUGAGGGAAAUACAACCAAGCAUUAUCUAAACCUGACAAUUGCUUGUUUAUUUCUGGAGAUGGUUUGCUAUUUUUAAUUUUACUUUGUUGUAAGUGUGUGAAACAUGUUUUUUUUUUGAAAACUGCAAUGGAGCCAACACCUUUGUCAAUUACAUGUAUUGUUUUGUAUUGUAUGUUUUAAAUUAUUUGCUAUCACGUUAGUGUGCUUAAUUUAUGAAUAAUACAUGUUAUAUUAUUAGUUCCACUCAAAUGAGUUAGGUUAUGUGUUGAUAAUGUAUCUGGGUUUGAUCUCUUACACUGCAUUCCUAACCUCCUCUACUGUGAGGCAGAUCCCUUGAGUUCAAAAGCACUUGUUCCCAGGUAAGCCUAAGUGGUCCAUAACACAUUGCUGAGGGCGACUGACCCCUACUGUACAAAAGGCAACACUCAAUAAACAGUUCAAUAUAAAAUGGGUAUCUUCACAAUAGUCUUUAUUGAAACCAUUUAAAGUGCAAGGUGCUUCUUAAACAGCGAGCAUGAAAUUUAGUUCUUUGAAGUCCCGUUGACUUUAAUGAGUGAGAUUAUAGCGCCUGCUUAGCUUUCCCAAUGAAGUCAGUGGGGUUUCAACAUGCUUUAACUUUGGGCUGGCUCAUGCAUACCAUCAUGGAGAGGGUGGUGCCAUUUUGACUUAUCCUCAGGCUACAAAAUGUCUUGGGCUGCCUCUGCUCCUCUUGUCAGUUCAGCGAAUUGCAACCAGUUGCUGGACUCAUUUUUGCUUUCCUUCCUGUGGCCAUUCCCCCAUGUGGAAUGAAUAAAUGCAUUGUCAACAAUCUAGAAAUUCAGCGGAUUGCGAUACAAAUACAUUGGCCUCGCCCAUCAGCCAGAGAAGGAGCAGAUGCAGAGAACUUGCUUUUCAUUGCCCUCUACCAGAAAAAAAACACACCAAAACUUGGUCCCACAACUGCCAGUUGCUUGGGGUUUGGAGAGCAG